GACGUCAUUGCCACCACAAUAAGGUUAUACCGGGUUUAAGCAGGUUAUAAAACACGUUGGUAGGCAAGAAACCGCAAAACAUACGAAAAACACAGUACAGCAACAGCGACAGAAGAACAUUGAGAGGGAGUAUUGAAUGUUUGUGACUUGGAACAAGGUUAGAAGUAAAGUUUUGCUUAAUUAGCCUUAGCGUCUGGGUUCCGGUUACAAUUUUGGUUAGCGAAUAACGAAUAAUGUCGAUAAGUAGAUUCUGUAUAAGAAUUUCAAUUAUCUAAAUAUAACAUAGGUAAUGGGUUGUUACAAUAUAUCCAAAAUAACUCAUCCAGUUCGAUAUACGCCGAUAUACCUAAUUUUGGUAAUUUUGUGAGACAUUCCAUGAUCAUGAGACAGUUCACAUCUCUUGCUGUUAUUGGUGCAAUUUUGUAAAUACAAAAUUCACAUUGGUUGAUUUAACCUCGUAUUUAUACUCGGAAAAUACUUCAAAUAAUAACUGUUUACCAAAACUUGCGCGAUCAAAUAACGCAGCGUGCCAGCAGGGCGAUAUGUUCGGGAUUGAAAACUGAACAACUCUCGUUGUUCAUGAAUAUUAUAUAAUAUCCUACUGAUAGUAUUCGUUAAAUUUAAAAGGAAUUAGACUAUAUAGUACAUGUUCACAACAAUAGUAAAUGUAUUAUGAUGAUUUAUAUCUUAUUUGCGCGGUAGAUAAAAAGCGACUUUUGAAAAAAGAUUACAUCAGUAAAAAUUUAACUCUGAAAGCGUUAGUUAUAAAUUAGUAUAGUUUAAGAUGUUUAUAUACCUUAAUAAAGUUCCCUUGACGGCAAAUUUACAUCUAAUAUUAGAAUGAUACUUUAGUGCUAUGCAGUAUAUGGCACGAUUUACCGUGUUACGUCAUUUUUCUUAGCUAAAAUGACGUAAUUUUAUGCCACGUUUGUGACAGCGUAGGAUGACAUAACAAUUUUAAUCUUAUUAUAGUGAGUGAUAUUCCCCAUUGGGUAUCAAAAUUGCCGAUUAUGCUAUACGCAUGCUGCUCAUGUGACUGACGCGUGAUUUGCAUGCACUCGGCGAAAUUAAUAGUAAAUACUGUCAGGCACUCAGCUAUAAAUAUAUGGAUUUGAAAUUCAAUUAGCGGCUGUGUAUGUACUGAUCUUACGAUGUGUCUGGGCAACAGAAUGUGUCUUUUAUUGGUGCAUGUCAUGAAGCCACCAUGCAUGCCAUUCAUGUGACUUACCUAAGAGCCAAAUAUAGACACAUUGAACUAAAAAACAUGGUGAGUUAUUGUUUGUGUUAUGUUAUUGUGUUAUGUUUUCGAGUUUAUGUUAAUUUGUGCAUGGUCACGCUGAUUGAGCAUUUGAGCUCAAUGAAUUUUCGUAUGAUGAAGUAGUCGUCCAAUAGGGGAUAGCUGAGAUGCAACGUGCAGCAACGAUGAAGUUAAGACGCAGGAUUCGUGCAUGGUAACGUACAGUUCAACAUCAAACAAAGCUCUUCUAUUUUGUGGCUUUGAAAUUUGCCAGAACAUCAUGUUUUGACAGACUAGGUGAAGCCAAAGAUGGCGCAUAUAUUCAGAGUCAGUGUCUGCUCUGCAAACGCUUUCACCGCAACAGUUAGGUUUCAGUAAGAAUGCCAGCUGCCAUUAACCAAUCAGAUCAAUCAAUCAAUCAAAAUAUUUAAUCAAGAUACCUACGAGCUAUAUACAGGAGGUAGGUCCUUGCAGGAGGAUCGUAAGGUUAACCCUAUAUGGUUAACCCUAUAUAUGCAUCAAACGUUAUCUUAUCAAUUAUUUCCGCGGUCGUCAUGCAUUUAUCCACUGCAAGGGUGAUUAAUCUCUGUAAUUAACAGAUUCAAUCUACUUGACUAACCAAUCAAAUGCGUUCAAUCUACUUGACUGACCAAUCAGAUGCGUUCAAUCUACAUGACUAACCAAUCAGAUGCGUUCAAUCUACUUGACUAACCAAUCAGAUGCGUUCAAUCUACUUGAUUGACCAAUCAGAUGCGUUCAAUCGACUUGACUAACCAAUCAGAUGCGUUCAAUCUACAUGACUAACCAAUCAGAUGCGUUCAAUCUACUUCACUAACCAAUCAAAUGCGUUCAAUGUCAUUCAAUCUACUUCACUAACCAAUCAAAUGCGUAUGAAACCAAUGAGAGGUAAUGGAAGCCAAAUUAUCGUACAGCGGAAAAUAAUCCUUUUCAUUACUAAUAUGCCCAGCGCCAAUAAGUACAACUGAUUAAGUACUCGCUAAUUGAAAAUCCGGACAAUUAAGUUCAAUUAACAUUGGCCCUUAUUACCGCAAGAAAUUGGCAGUUCCGCAAAACACAGUGAACGUGAAUAUCCGGACCUUUGCAAGCUAACAUCGCCAGCGGCUAGCCAUGCUGGAUGCGAGGCUGCGAGCAAAGCUUGAAUAGUGCUACCCAUGCUGUUUAAUAAGGAAAGAAGUACGCUCAAACCUCGACUACAUUAAUAGCAACUGACAACUCCAUGAUUUUACCUAGGAAAUGUUUCUUGUCCUUUCAAGUCGAUGCAGAAAACAUGUUAUCACCAUCUUAUUCUUGAUAAGAUCAGCGACGAUUUCGAUAGAGAAAUUACAGUUAACUAGCUUAAGGUAUAAUCAAGGUUAAUUACGGUUUAAUUACAGAGAUUAAUCACCCUUGCAGUGGCUAAAUGCAUGACGACCGCGGAAAUAAUUGAUAAGAUAACGUUGGAACAAAAUCUGAAUCCUUAACAAGAAAAGGAAAUCUUGAUUGAGGUUGCAUCAGCAGUAGCGUAACCGCAGAGCGAUUUUGGAACGCUACCAUGCCAAGCUGUUUCUGUCACGAAGGCCAACGCCAGCUGACAAGAUUCGUUUACACUUUAUCCGAAUUAAAAUUCCAUGAAUCUCUGUGACCAUAUUUCAACAAUCCAUGACCUGAAAUCUUGGUAAAUAAAGACUAAAUAUCCAUUGGAAACAGCAGUCAAACGUCACAUGCAGCAGCAUGCACAAUUCAGUCUCGCAAAAACACUUACAGCAAUUCAUGAUUUUGUUAUGAUUAUAAAUCCAUACAAGCACUGGUAAACCACUUGAUGACCUUCUUUAAUACCCGGCAGGAAAUGGAAUAUACCAUAAUGCGUUUGGCCAAAACCUCAGGAUAAACAUGAAGUCAUUUUUUAUGGUGUUAUUGUUACUGUCAAGAUUUUGUUGGCAUUUCAAUCGAGUGAGAUGCCAAGAAAAUCUUGAUAUUUACCCAUUACCUACACAUGGCAGUAUCCUAGUAUAUAUAUACAUGAACGUAUGGUUCGAGCUCGACAACUGGCCUCUGUAGCUCAGUUGGUUAGAGCACUGUUCCGGAAUCACAGGUGCGCAGGUUCAAUUCCUGGCAGGGACCUGUAGUUGCAUUUUUCGCAACUGUUUCUGGUUAGGUCUAAGAAAUAUAGUUCAAAAACUCAUUAAUAAUUCACGAGGAAAAUACAAAAGAAAUGAAUGUUUAAUCAAUGUUUGUAAAUCGGAUACAGAUUUGUCCUGAUUUACAUAAACUUCAGCUUUGAUUUUCUCGACUUAGGUUUAUUUUUAAAAUUACUUCGCCAAUGAACUCAUAAGAUGGGUCAUUUACGAGAUAAAACAUUCGCAUCCGAUCUGUAUCUGAUAUACAAACUCUCGCUCGUGUUUUAUCUAGUACUUCUCAAAUUCAUUAAUAAUUCAUGAGUAAUUCAGCCAAUGAUAAUCACCUAUUUGAUCACAAGAUGCCAUUUGGAUAACCCGGUGAAACUUGAUGAAAGUCACUAGUGUUUUCAUCAAAUAUCUUAAUUACGCAUGCAAAAUUACUUCAAUAGAAUUCCUAAUUACUUUACGCUUGGUUAAGAAUUCUAUUCAAAUCAGCAAACGAAAACAUUCUGUUACGUCUCGAUUCAUUUGAGAAGCCAUAUAAACAACUCGAGCUCGUGUCUCACCGGGAUAUCCAAACACUCGAAAACAAUGUAUGAAAACACUCGCGCUUCGCGCUCGUGUUCUCAUACAUUGUUUUCUCGUGUUUGGAUAUCCCGGUGAAACACUCACUCUCGUUGUUCAUAUAUUACAUAAAUGUACCUCUACCCAAACCUACGUUGAUACAGACUACUCAAGUUAGAGUUGGAAUCUCGCUUUACUGAGCCAAAUUUCUACGGAGCAUUUCCGUGUUAGAAUACAUGUAAACAUUUUAUAUGUAAAAAUUUUAUAUAUUUUCAUUCACUGCACGACCGCGUUUUUUUGCGCCAUGUUUUUGCAACUCUUGACGAAGGGCCUUCGCUCGAAACGUCGAGUUUCUGCUUAUUUUUUAAGGUAGUAAUAUAACCACUCAGCACAGCAGUUUCACAUUGGUACUACCCACACUGGUACAGACAGUUUUAGUAUACGUGUUUUCCCUGCGCAUUACCUGCAUAAGACAGUGAUUUGUAGGUAUAUAAUGCGCAAAUCUUAAAUUUAAGAAAAAAAUGUUAAAUUUUCUAUCCAAUCUAGUCCAUUCAUCUCACCUGCACGUACAAAACGCGGAUGAAAACACAAGUUCCUGGCGGAAGUAUAAUUAAUGAAUUAAUUGCGCGGGCGCGGAAGUAUACCCAAAUAUAGUAAAAACAGGUGAAGAUAUCAUGAUAUCUUCACCAGUUUUUAUCAUAUUUGGGUAUACUUGACCGUAUUUCCGCGCAAUUAAUUCAUUAAUUAUACUUCCGCCAGGAACUUGUGUUUUCAUCCGCGUUUGUACGUGUUAGGUUUGUCAGAACUUAACAAAAUAUCGAACGUAAUAAUACGAAACUAUGUGGGAGUAAUGGACUUUGUCCAAGGUCAAAUUGAUUAAAUUGGAUGAAAUUCGUGAUUAAAUUUGGGAAAUUUAAUGAUGAGAGAAUUUAAAUUAAUGAGAAAGUUGUAAAAGUUUGUAAUUCAUCAUGUAUUGUGCAGGCUCUUAAUGAAUUGAACAGCGGAGUUUUCUAGGAGACAUAACCAUACUCCUUGAAAAUUAAAUUGUUGUUUUAAUAGUGGGUGCUGAGUUGGCACAACAACAUUUUUCAGGCAAACAGAAUAACAUUUUUGGAGCUUCAACUCCUUAAAUUUACAGUGAAAUAAGAUUAGUAAACAAGAAAUGUUGUGUUCACUUCUAAUACGGUGAUAAAUCCAUAUUAUGAUAGUCUAGGAUUGAAGAUUCGACCAGAUGACAGAUGGUGGGCUGAACUAUUCCCAUCUGUCAGUUUUGGUAUUACCGGUAAAAGCAAUAUCUGCCCACAUAGGUAUGUGACGGUUUGAACUUGGGUGUCGAAUUUACUUAGUUAUGUUACUGUCAACGACAAAAAUUGCAUAAAAUCUUCACCUCAAGAACGAAAGGGGUUAGGUAAUUACAAUAUAACAUAGUGCUAGCAAGUGCUUCCAAGAGCUCUCUCACGGAAGGGGAUGUUCUAUGAAGAGGCUGUUGUAGAAACGGAGUUCCUCUUCCUCAUAGAGUGAAGGCUAUCACAAGUCGACUUCUCUAAUUUGACUUCAUUACAAUAAUUAUUUCUACAUCGUAAGCGAACGACAUAGGUACGAGAGGAGUCCAAUGAGGGAAAUAGGAUCCAUUCAUUUCUCUCCUCCCCUUCAAAAAAGAAGACCAAUUGCACUUUUACGUCAAACGUCAAAGUUUACAAUGUCAAUGAAUGAAUGACAGCAAUAUAACUGAAACACCUGUGGCCCACAUAUACAAUAUAUACAAAAUUAUUAAAGCUACUUUAAAUUUAAACGUCUAAAAGCUACUUGGAGCAAGAAAAAAAUAUAUCAAAGAUCUUAGGAUUAUAAAUACUUGAUUACAAUAUCAAAUGACUUGUCAACUAAGGUUACCUCCAGUGUUUAAUAGUCUUUUAUUGUCACAUGUAAAAUUUACAACACAAACUACGGCAGUGUACAUAUACAAAUGUUGCAUAAAAUGCUACAAGAAGUGGGUGGUGCUACUCACAGCAUGAAGUGCUUUCAAGUUUCAAGGGCGAUACGGAAGGGGAUGCAUGUAGUCUACGAGUUCCCCCUCCGCUAUUGAGAAUGGUAGUGAUUUUCAAUACCAGUUGUUGUAAUAACACAUUACACAUGAAUCAUGUGAAGUAGCAAUAAUACAUCGAUGAGGAUGAGAGUUGACGAGCUUGAUGAGAGUUAGCAGUUCAUCAACUCUCAUACCUUACUCAUUCGAGAACAAGAGUUGUAUGGGGGCUGAAACGAGUACAAAGUCUCAUCAACUCUCAUCGAACUAUAGCUUGAUCAUGAAAUCGACGGGGUUUGGCGAGAGUGGAUGAGUGAGUGCAUGGGAGUUGGUGAUGAAAGGCGAGCGAGCAAGUUGCAGCACUCAUUCAUCAACUCUCAUCCUCGGAAAAGCUGCUUCAAGACAUUGUGACUCAGUACUGUCUAAGAUCUCCGGAUUUUCCGGAAGGGAUUGAGAGGCAGCAAUGUAUUGAAUGUGUGGCAAUAAGCACGGUUUCUGAUCAAGGAAGAUUGUAUUAUGAUACUUAUGAUAUGCGGAUCUUGACAAAUGACAUGUAUCUACCAGUCGAGUGAUGUGGAUGUGCCUAAGUCUAAGAAGCAAGGCAUGCCAGACGAAACAUACUGUUCACAGGUAGGAUUGACUGUUCAAUAAUAUAGUUAAACUGUCGUAAUUUGUGAUUGGACUGUCUGUCUUUUACUUGUUACGAUAAAAGAUUAAAUACAUUCGGAGAUUUUAAGCAGUAUAAUUAAUUAACAAUGUGUUGAUUGUUGAAUCUUCUAGUUCACGGCACCUACAGCGAUACUUUGGAGAUAUCAAAUUUUGUCGGACCUACUAUAUCUUACUAGCUCUAGGCUAAAGCUAUAAUUGGAUAUAAAUUCUUCUCAAUUUUAACAACAGAAAUUCGGUUCGCGCUAGAAAAUGAGAAGAACAGACUUCCAGGCCUUGAUGUCUGGGAAUUUUUGGCACACAUAUGGGCGGAAGUUCGUGACGUCAAAACUGCAGUGAAUAAGUGAUCAUGCUCGCCCACUAUCCUUACAAAAACAUCAUACGCCUUCGCCUGACAGCAUGGAUACAAUUAUUCGAUAUGCAUAUUUCGCCACAGUACAACCUAAUGUGACGCCUCCUCACGGUCAUACAAUGCUCAAAUCUAAUUCACUCCAGUUGUUUAGGUCUUUUCAAGAUCGUGACAAUUUCUAUGCCGGAUUAAGGCUCCUCACGUGCAAACUUCCUAAGAGUAAUGCCAACAAUUUUUAGCUAACUUAAAUAUUUCUCUCCUAGAGGCUAGAGAUGCUUAAAAUUCCACGGACACAGACUAUGUUUGCCUACAGGUUCUACAAUAUACAUAAAAAUUUCGUUGAGACACAUUGCGGAAAUAUACAAGCAGGGUUAAAUUGAUAUAAUAAUAUGAUGUGUGUUGUGUAAUACUGCAAUGUAUUAACUGUCAGCCUCGUCACUGACUACUUCAAGUUCCAUUCCGUUAGGUCGUGAAAUUGUCCAGAUCACGGAAAGCCGGGGCACCAAAGUUUUCGCUACUUAACAGAUAUAUCUCGGGGCUGAUCGAGUUAACUUUAUUGCAAAAUAUAUCACUACAUAAUGAAAUGAAUAUAAUUAUAUGCAUAGAUACAUACAAUUGGCUAAGUCUUUACGUGUACAACAGAAUACAUAUUACGUUGUUCUGAUGGCGAUAGAAGAAGUUAAGGUAUUCAGGAAAUUCCAAUGACCUGCGUGGAAUAUAGCCCACGCCGAGAGGUUAGCCUUCGUGUUUAAUGAACUACACGCCUCUGCAUGUGGAGGAUAUAUGCAUGCGUACAGAUCGCCUAGCAACGAUCUUUAUCUUUCAAUGGCUGGGAUACCUCAAGCGAUUUUCGUGCUUCCAUCAAGCUAUCGUAGGUGCAGCUAAUUAGGAAACUCUUUGAAACACAGAGCAGGUUCCUGCCUCCUCCGCAGGCCCUUACUGUUUGUAGAUCAGUGUAUAUAUAGACAUAUCAGUUUAAUAUAUAGAUCAGUGGCUGAACAAAUCUGUUGUGAUCCAUCGUCCCGCGCGCCCCCAUUAAUUUUCGUCUUUUACUAAUUAAUUAUUUGAUAGCAAGCGACUGGGGACGAGGCAGGAGCAGGUUCUGUUGUCUCCGGAAACCUACCCUGCAUAAUAGCAGACCCACCCUGCAAAGCAGACAGUCACGAGGGUUAGGAUAUAGAAGUCAUUAAACACGGAUCCAGAAUUGCGGAAUUCUAUUCGUUCACCUGCAGAUAUUAUUCUGGAAUGUCUACCAUACAGGCUAGCGGAACAUGCCGCACUCAGUACUUUCAGCUGUUGGUGUGAAGGAUGUAAAACAACCUUCGCUUCAAGCUUCGAUACUAACUUCCUGACGACUUACGCUUAAACUGCUUAUAUUUUUCAGGUUGUUGUUAUUAUUAAAUAUUGAAUAAUCUUCCAAAGGAUAUUAAGACAAAAUCUAGCGUUAAUUCCUUUUUGCCCUUAAAACUAUUUCUUAGAAUUCCAAAGUAGAAUCAAUCUUAGAAUUCUAAAGUAGAAUUAAUGACUUUGUAUAUAUUGUAUAUGAGGGCCACAGGUUUUUUAGUUCUAUUGCUGCAUGUGUUUUUACCCUUUUUCAGUUGAAUAAAGUUGUUCAUUCAUUCAUUGUUCAUCUUUCACACCACCUGUCUGUUCUCAUCUCUACCUUCACAGACCGUUUUUUAAAACUCCAUAAUUUCAGCAAUAAAAAUAGACUGACUACUCAACUUAAUUAAUCAAAUAGACGCAUACUCAACUUCAUUUCAUACAACUACAUAAUCACAUUACAUGUUCAUUAUUAGUUUAACUUCGUUCCCAGGACCUUCUGGUGGAUGAAAGUUUCAUGUCUUUCAGAUUGUAAUAAGCAAUAGGAGUAUAGGGCAUCCCUUUAGGUUAAAAAACCAAUGAAAGUGUAUCUACAAUCGAUCUUUAGCAGACAAAGACACAAUAUUCAUUCAAAAGUCUUUGUAUCAAAGUUUGUUUAAGCAUUGUAAUCACAGGAACCGUAUAUUGUCAACCAGCCUUGAGAUAAUUAGAGUUUAAAAUAUAAGCAGUGACUCCGAACAACAUUUUGAUUUUUAAUCGACGUUAAUUUCGACCAGUUUGUACUCAUACUCAGGAUUAAUAAUAGUGCAAAAUUACACUAUAUAUUAUUAAUCCUGAGGAUGAGUACAAACUAGCCAAAUGUUAUUCGGAGUUAUUGUUAUUUGUAUUUUCUUAAAAUACUGAGUGGUUCCCAUAAUAAUUAUUGUUCAAUACGGAAAUAUCGAGAGGUGCAUUGUGCCAACACCCCAGGUAGACUGAAGUGUUCAGAGAUGCAUUCAUUUGGGGCGCACCUUAAAUUACAUAACUUGACUUGUUGUGGUCUCCGACACCGAGUGUGUGGUUCCCACUCGGAUAUAUCAGCAUGCAUGGAAGGAGGUGAACAACAGUGCUCUACAAUUCCUGCAAUGGCAUGAAACCACAUCAACAGCCAUAUAGCGAGGGUGUGAUCAAGACACUCGGAUAUACAUGUGUACAAACAAGUGUUCCAGCGCGUAUCAUAAUUUAUUAUAUACACAAGGUCUGGAUAUGAGGUAUUCUGCAAUCUGAUUGGUUCUCUACUAGCAGGAUAUUAGCUCAUAUCCUGCUAGUAGAGAAAAACAAAAUGGCGGCCAAACUGAAUUUACGAUGUUUUGCAAACGAGAAAACGGCAAGUUGUCGCUUUUUAUAGCCUUCACAGGAUUAAAAACACAAUGAAAAAACUCCCACAAAUUGUUUUCAGGUUAGCAAAUAAAUUUUUAAUAUUUGAAAUGGUUAAAAAUAUAUAGUUUUGAAAAAAUAAUCGGCCGAAAGAGCGAAGAUAAAAACAUAAACAAAAUAGAAAAAUAUUGAAAAUAUUCGAAAAGCAAAGUCUGUGAAUUCAGACCUUGUGUAUAUAAUAAAACAGUUAUUCCACUCACUCUCGUCGAAUAUGUGCGAUAGCCGAUUCGGCGCUACGCGCCUCAUCGGCUAUCAGCUCAUAUUCGACUCGAGUUCGUAGAAUAACUGUUAAAUAUUAUGCAUGUAUUAUAUGAUAUGAAUUAUUAAUGAUUCUGACAUAUUUACUGACUAAUAAUAUGUGAUGUAUGUACAAUAUAGGUGCAUGGGCAUGCUUUCAAAUGUCGAAUGCCACUAGUGCCAGCUAUAGUUUCACAAUCCACACAUUAGAGCAAUAUGUAGAUGUAUAAUAUUUCCUAACUCGUGUUUUGGUUCACGAAAUGCUAGAAAGUGCGAAUAAAUAUAUACUAUUGCUGUAUCGAAUCAAGGCAGCCACCGACAGCUGUUUCAUCCAAUGAAGGAAACAUGAGAUGGCGAAAGAUUCCUUCGUUUGGAUAAAACAGGCUGGGUAAUGGCAACCAUGAGGUCAACUAUAUAAUGUUUCAUCAUUCAUUUAUCAAUUAUACAUAUAUUUAUCAAUAUUAUAGAGAAAUUAAUAAUCAAUAAUAACAAUCAAUAAUUAACAGCAUAGACAAUAUGUGUAUAUUAAUAUUAUAUAAAUAUACUUGAUCAAAUUUCUUGAGUCGUUCCACAGUAUAUUUUAUUAUGCUUCGGAUCACUGGGUAUACAGUAAAAUGAAAUGCUUUUAUAAUCUAUACUAAACUGAUUACGUUUUCUUAAGUGUAAUCUAAGUUCUCAUAUUUAAUAUACAACAAGAAUAUUCCAUCAGUUGAAAGUAUUCUAAACAAUUUCGUGUCACUGAGGAACAAAGAAUACAUCACAAAGAGGAAACAAAUUACAAUGUCAGCCUUGUAUAAUCAAAGAAGCAACAUUCUCAUGACAGCAAACACGAUUGAUUGAAUUCGCUGCAGCAUAUCAAAGAGCGAAAACAAAGAGAAUGACGUCAUAAUGACGUCAUAUUGACGCAGAGGAUGGCAAAAUAUGCAAAUUGCUUUGCUGCUUUAUUAAGCAUUAUCAUAUACAGUAUAUGUAUACAUUCAAUUAUGAAAAAGCUUUUAAAAAUUGCAAUAUAUUUAUGACUGGCAUAUAUAUAAGUAUUGUUAUUGGUUCCGGAAAGUACACAUUCUUUUCUACUCGGAAAUGACACGGUCGGGCUGAACAAAAGGUGUUUAAAUAUUAACCGCUGUGACAUCUUACUUCACGUCAUUUUAGAAAGGACGAAAAGAUUUGCUGAAAGUUCUACAACAAUAACAAGAGUACAAUCAUAUACAGUAAUACAAGUUGAAGACUGAAGUUCACAGACCUACAUGAAGGAAGGCGAUAAUUUAAGGUAGGAAAAAGUUGCCAUGAACGAGCGACUAUUUUUACGGCACGGCUAAAAAUGGCAUCCGUUAUACCAAAUUUAGCGCUGCUUAUAGCGAGUAAACGCUUUGAGCAAAGCGUUGAAUGGAAAUGCCAUUUCUAUCAGUGCCGCUGUACUAAAAUUAAUCUAACUGGGCCUUAUACGAGACUGAAACAGUCACACAGUUGUCAGACACAUUUUAUACUUAUAUACUUAUCACUUCACGGACAGUAUUAACACUUUUACGACUAUUUUAUCUACAACACAAACAUACAUAAAAUCAACAAUUAUAUUCAUUGUAUACAUAUAUACACACGUUUUUGAUAACAUUAUAAAUAAUUGACUAACAUAUUGUAUAUUUGUUUCUUGAAAAUGAAAUGUUUAUUAAUUAAUCAAAACGUAUAUAUGAAAUACUGCAUGUUUUUAACCUUGUAUAGCCUUGAGGCUAAAAUAUAGUUGAUCUGUAGUUAAUCCUAUAUAGUAGCGUGCGCGCAGUCUCAUCACAAUCAAACCAUAUGUCAACACAAUAAUCCUAUAGACGAUUUGAACAAUCUAAACGUAUUUGUGCAUUGUGACAAAAAGAUGGCAAUCCGAAACAGCCCACAUGUCCUUAUGAGAACGAGGAAAUAAAUGCAAAUACAGCAAUUGUACCACAUUAUACUUAUUUUCACUAUAAUUAUUAUCACAUCUUUUAAUAUUAAAAUAUAGCAAUAUUAAUCAGUUGCUCCAAUAUAAGAACAUAUGAAAAAUAUUUUUCAUUACAUUUUCUAUAGUACACUCACCCCCCCCCCCCCCUCCGAAACAGAACGAAUUCACCCUAACUGCAAGAUGUAUGCAAGAUGAGGGGGUGGCUCUCAUUGCGGUUAGAUUAUUUACCGUAACGUAUUUCCAUAUAUGUCAAAAGAAUCUAAUAUCUAUAACCGAGAUGUCUGCUUGGGAUAAAUAUUCUAGAGUAUAAAAUAUCGUAAAGGUCAAGGUAUAAUCUUUAGAAUGUCAGCAGGAAAUGAGAAAAAUAACCAUAGAAUGUCAUUAUGAAAUAAUUAUAAAAUUAAAAAGCAUUUAAAUGAACUUGUAUGACUUUUCCCAAACCACAAAAAUAAUUAUAUUACCAUUUACGGUGGCUUCAGUAUUCUAGCAAUAGAAAUAGUUUCUAUUGAUUGUAUGCAUAUAUUAACUGUAUUAAAUAUAAGCCGAUGCACGCGGAAACGACGUUGUUCAAAAGUUUCCUCAAAAUCGUUUUUUAAUUGAGAGCAACAAUCUGUCAGCUUGUUUUAUUCUCAGAUUCUCAGCUCGAUUAGUUUUUCGUAUUAAAAACUGAUAAUCGUAACGAUUCUGCAGCAAAAUUUUUAAUUUUCAAUGGAUUAGUACACUAGCUUCUUUCAACCAGCAACCAGCAAUUCCAAUUCCGUUUUAACCCACUUGGCGCGCGGACAUAAACCAAGCAAGCCACAUGUGCCCUGGCAAUGCACCUUAAUCUUGUUAUUUUACUCUGUCUAAUGAAGACGACUUUACUCGUCUAGAGAAACAGCUGCACGGACAUUGGUUUGCCAGAUUAUUUGUCUAUGUCUUACCAAACUAAACUAAACAAUUUUGCUAUUUAUUGAUACCUUUGUCUAACGACAGUCGAUUUUUCAAUUUCGUUAUACGCGAUUUAACCAUAAUUUGUUCUAAUGCGCCCUAAUUUGUUAUUUUCCUGUGUCUAAUGCCAGAUAAUUUUACUAAUUGAGGGGAAUUGCUAAUUGCAUUACGUGUAAUUAGGUGCCAAUUAAUGAGCUUAUCCAAUUUUUAAGAGUAUUACAUCAACACGCGCACAUAACAAGACCACAAAAAUAUUAGCACUACGGUAGUUCGUGCAAAAAUCCGCGUACGUGGACUUGAAACUCAAACGUAUUUCUGGAACUUGGAAUUUUUGGAAUUCGAUGAACGUUAUUGGACUUCAACAGUACAGUAUGCGAGCAAAUAUUCCUACCUCACGUUAGAAAUGUCACACUGCACGAAACAACUUCAUCAUCCACACAUAUUUUGGUCUUGACAAAAUCUAAAUAAAUUAUGUUAAAAAAUUUGUAACGAGCCAUGAUACCAAAGAAUAAUAUCAUCUUGAAAUUAACUCAAGAUAUGGUUUAGAACAAGACGAGUUUUUGAAACUGUAAAAUGCAAUCAUCGGGAAUCGUGGAUGUGUGAUUAUUAACCUGCGAUCAGGCAUUUGCAAAAUAGAGCCUGAUCUCAGGUUAUGUGAUUAAGGCGAUGGUAACUUUGAAAUAGUCGGAAAUUUACAUUGUCUUGCAUUGAUUCACAUCUUCAUUGGUUUAAUUCCUCAAAGUCUGUAAUUUAAUCCAGUAAUUUAUAAGAUGUCAUAUGGAAUUGGGAAACUUAAUCCAGUAAUUCUAUACGAAGGCGUUUCUGAGAACGCUUAGGAAGAAACUGAGCUCCGCAUUAGGGAGUUUACGUACGUAAGAAGGCGACGUCAAGAUGACGGCCAUCAAUAGUGACAUUAAUCCUAUAGCACAAAAGAAAUAAUUAAAAGUCUAGCAGGGUUUUCAGACGUCGUCCAAUCUCUAUUGACGACAGAAAAAUGCAUAUUUCACGUCUCAUAUGGUACUCAAGCAUUUCAAGCCGUGACACAUGGUUUUUCUUGCAGAGUUGAUGAACAUUUCUCUGAAGGUUAAAGCUCUGUUUUACUUAUUGGAAACUAUUUUAAAUUCAUACGAAAAUAAAUACAUGAUUGCCAUACAAUCAUUUAUUUCAAACAGUUUUUUAGCCGUCGUCCUGACGUCUCCCUCUUACAUGCGUAAACACCUUAAUAUUUCAUCGUCAUCAUAAAUCAUCAUACAAAAUUUAAAAUAGUUUAAAAACCGUUCCAGUAUUUCCGUAUGCAAAACAGGCUAUAUACCUCAGGGCUGUACGUGCGAAUAUUGAUUCAUACAUCGUCUUUACAUCGUCACGAUGCCAAUCAAGUACAUGUUAAUAAUAAACUAUUCAAAGAAGGUCAAGUUCACGACAUUGACAAUCUUGUAAAGUUUUACAAUCUAUCAUUUUUGGCGUAGCGAAACUUUCAAUUUUCAAUCGACUGAUAGAUUUGUUCCAGUCUUUUUGAUUGAAAAACGGCAUUGAUCGACGCAUUAAAAAUCUUCGAUUCUUAAGACCAGAUUGAUAGGAACUUUUCAUAUCGUGAGUGGGCGUGUGUGAAUGUACAAGAUGUUACUUGGCAACGUAAUUUGUCAAGGUCAAGGAUUGACGUUCAGGACCCAAAUGCGUAUUAGAAAUUCAAAAAAAAAAGUUAUUGACUUCCAAACACUUGAAUUGAUUGCGCAUUUGUUAUUUUGCAUUCUUUGGGAAGAUGGAAGCUUCCAGCUGGCCCACAGGUUAUGCUAUAUUAUACAAUGCCUACAGUAUAGAUGAGAGAAACAUAAGGAUUAAUGGGACUUCACUCUUCUUCACACUAAAACGCUGAAAUUCUAAGAUUACUAAAAGCUGGCAAAUGCAGAUGUUGUACAUAUCAUGACUCAGUUGAUUCGUCAUGCUGACAUGCUUACUAAUAUUUACGCAAUGAGUAUAAGCUCUGUAGAAACCUAAUAAUAUAAUUACUCCAUUGGCUAAGAGUGCAAGUCACUGAAUUAGGUUCUGCAUAAUUUUUUCAUGUGUAAUUCAGUAAUAGUAUAGUCUUUCGUCCAUUUGAAAAAACUCUCGUAAGUUUUCCAAUGACUCGUGCAAUUUGAAAAACUCAUUGGUGAAUGGUGUUUUCCAUGAUGCCACUCAACACCAUAUUUACUGUCACCUAUAAAACAUCGUUUCACACAGUGGCGGCGCCACGGGGAGGACUGGGGAGGACACGGCCCCCCAGUUCUCUUCAAGGUCAAUUUUCUAAUUUGUCCAAAUCCGGUGAGAAAAAUGGGGGGAGGGGGGUACGUAUGUGACAUCAGUCCAGUUAUGUGAAUAAAAACCGGUAUUAAAAGAUUUACUUUUGACAAAAGACCAUUUCAUUAUUUCAUAUAUGCGGUAUUUACCAUUAGCAUAGUACAGGCGCUGAUUUCGACCGCCGAAGGAAACCAUAAUGGGUUAAUAUAUUUAAUAAUAAAAUUAUGUUGACUUCAAUUUUCACAUCAAAGUAAAGUCAGUUUUUAUAUAUACGUAUAUAAUCAUGAAAAUAUCGUGUGAUUUGUUCACUUUAUAAUCUUCGGAAUUCUGUAUAAUCUUACCCUGAAAAUGCAGGAAAUCGUUUUUCAGGGAGUCUAGAUUUCAAAAAUUUUCCGGGGGGGCAUGCCCCCGGACCCCCUAGAAGUUCCUCGCGCCUUUGCCGCUCGAAAAUCCACCCCACUUUUAAAAGGCUGGCGCCACCACUGGUUUCACAUGCAGUAUAUGGGAAGUUUUUUAUUCAAAUCAAGAUGUGAUGAGGAAGAAAUUUGUGUACAUGGGAACACUUCUUUCCUCCAUGUUUUCAUAGGAGGCAAGAGAAGGUCUGCAACAGAUCUCACCGACAGAUUUCGUUGGAAGCAAUUCUUCUAGCCUGCGUUGCCGGCGUUUUAUGAGCCCUCAUAAAACGCCGGCAACGCAGGCUACAAUUCUUCGCGAUCAAACGAGGUUGAGAGUAAAUGAGAGUAAAUGAGAGUGGAUGAGAGUAGACAGUCACGUUACGGGGGACAUUUCAAACUCUAGAUGAACAAAAUAAAGGUGUGAUGGGUGUUCCAACUAUGUUUUAACUUCAAUAGAAUACAUGAUAGUGUUGGGAAAACAUUAAGAACAGCUAACCAAGCUCGCGUGACUCUCACGUAGUGCACUCUCAUUCUAAUUCAUCCGGGCUUCACAUUCCAUUUCCCAUACACCCUGUUGAUAGCGGUCAGAAAAAAUUUCUUCCGCUAUAAACGCAUGUUUAAAUACAUUACAGACGUGCCCGGUGCAUUUCUUGACCGUAAUUUUAAGAAAUUGAGAAUUUUGCAAGCGUCCGAAAUAAAGUCAAGAUUUUAUGAAAAUAAAAGUGAAAAUAAAUAAUAAAUAAAUAAGCAUACUAUAGUUUACCAUGUAUAAUAUAGAUAUAUAUUACAGGACCUCCCUGAAACACUUCGGUGAGUGGAGCCUCCUGAAUAAAUAUUAUUAUUAUUAUUAUUAUUUAUUAAAGUGAGAUGAACCAGUGCUUUAUUUCACAUUCAGUAAAGGAACGCAAAAAGCUCAAACGAAGAACAAAAUAUGUCCUAUUUUCAUUUUGCCAGGAAAUGCGCCCACAUUGUGCCAGCUCAGAAGCUGACCACAAGAUAUACAUCGUGACAGUAAAUUCCAAGCAAAUAUAAGCAGUAUUUGUCGGGAAUAUUUGUUGAAUAAGCGUGAUUAACACUUGACCACAUUAAUGCAUGUGGACCGAUAUGUAUAUAUGACAUCAGCAAAAUGUGAACCAGUUAAAUACUAGCAAAACAAGUAUAGAAAACGUGACCUGUACUUAUAAGUUAAACACUUUGGAUCACGUAGAAACAACGUUUGUAACGACGAAAGCAUCUAUUGCAAGGGAAGAAAUUAUGUCAUUGCAAAGGUAAGUGUGAAAAAUUGAUUAGAUAUACUGUAUAUAUAUUAUAUACACUAGUGUCAAGGCUGAAUUGUACAAUUUAAGAAAGUGAAUUUUAUAACGGGUAAUGCACACGUGAAUAUUAUGUACAUUAAUAUACACAUAAAUAAGGCCAAGAGUAGGCCUAUAUUGAGACUCGUAUUUAAAACGUGACAUUGCAGCGUGGGCAUAUUUACUUGACAACGAUACAAAACACGAGUGUACAAAUUGUUUGGAAAAUGACAUUAUUGAAUUGACAACUGACUAAAAACUACUGCACAAUUAUUGAUAUGUUGCUUUUGUGUUAGUAUAUCUGUACUUUUAGAAACAGCUGAGGCGUGACAGAAAUACAACUCAAUACUUGAUAAACACCAAGCUGAGAAGGUCGACGUCUCGAGCGAAGGCCUAAUUUGUCGGUCAGGAAUUACUAAUGCCUGACGAAACGACAAAGUUCUGCAACUUCUGCUUAUUUUUUCAAGUAGUGCAUCAGUCUGUCUCGUAACGCAGUUGUAGUGUUAUCGUCGCACUAUUAAGCUUCUUACAAAAGCGUGAAAGAAAUUCUUUCUCUUCUUUAAGACUGAUAUAAUGUAUGCAUAUAAAUAUCGCUACGUGAUUAUAAAAACGUGUUUCAGAGUUGAAAUACUAUAAUUAUAUAUAGACUGAGCUAAUUCCGCGUUGCAAGGACUUAAUGAUACAGUAACUAUAGAUGUGAUUGGUCAGUUUAAACAACCGUUAUUUUCAUUUGCGUCAUUUGUUCAUGAAACGUGCGGAAGAAGGCAAGGUCGUUUCAAAAAACAAGGUCGGCCUUCAGUCAAAGAGUAUCGGAUGUUUUACAGUAAUGAAUGAAAACUUUGAAAUGAAACUGCGCAGUUAUACAACUACAAGAUUUUUUCAGCAUAAGACUAGCUAAAAAUAUUGUAUAAUACACCCUUCCGAGAAGUACGUCAUCUUGCCCAUACAGCCUCGUUUUCGUGAUUAAGACAUUAUGACAUACACGAAAACGAGGCUGUAGCUUAUAUACAAAAUGACGUAAUUUUCAGAAGGUUGUAUUGUGAUCUUUCACUAACUUUGUGAACUUUUAACCUGAAAACUGAGCGAAAAGGCAACAGGAAUUACCACCAUACUCACGCAUUAACAAUAAGCAGAUUAUCUAAGUGAUGCUUCACACGUGAAGUGUUAAAGAUGAUGAAUGCAUUGACUUUUUAAACGUCAUGCAUGCCAAUUCCUGAAUGAAAAUGAUUUGUUUAAAAAUCUUUUCUGCGCGGUAAAAACUAACUAAUAUUUUGAUUGAAUAAUGCCUAACUUUAAAUGUAAAAUGUAAACAGAACCUUCGGAUUUAAAAAAAAAGUUAACAGACGCCGGUACUUGUGAUUACAGUAUUUGCGUGAUGUUUCAGUUCCAGGAAGACGAGAUUAGGGACAAUAAUCUGGGACUCACGUCAUACGCUGGCUGCGAUUAAUUUCGUUGUGCGACAAAAGCAGAUUUGAAUCAAUUCAAAGAACACAAGGACACGUUGUCUCCAGUAUUUAAAAUUUUAUCAAUGGUUUUGUCGCACAACGAAAUUAAUCGCAGCCAGCGUAUGACGUGACUCCCAGAUUAUUGUCGCUAAUCUCGUGUUCCUGGAUUUAAAAUUUUAUCAAUGGUUUUGUCGCACAACGAAAUUAAUCGCAGCCAGCGUAUGACGUGAAUCCCAGAUUAUUGUCGCUAAUCUCGUGUUCCUGGAAUCACGCAAAUAUCGAAUCACAAAUACCAUGCAUCUCAGUGUUAUUUCUUGAAAUGAAAUUACUUGCUUCCGAAACUAUCACGAAUCCCGGUAGUUUUUACUACAAUUUUCAUCCUAUGAACAAGUUUGGAUAAAUUCCAUGUCCAAAUUAAGGAAACAUAGAAACAAAGUUAUGUAAUGACGAAUUCUCCCGAGUUCGAAAGUAAUACAGAAUUGGCGAGGCAAUCUUCCAUUCAUAUUCAUAUUGGGUAAUAUAACCACUGGGCAAAAGACACGCAGACGCAAAAGGAAACAGAUUUGUUACAUUUUUCUUUAAUUUAAAUCAGUCAGCCCAGGCACUUAAAAAGGAACGCGCAAGAGGAAAUCGCGCUCAGCUGUUAUAUACAGAUCAGUGGCUGAGCGCGCGCCUUUCUACAAAGAGACCUGGGAACAAGGCUGAAAAGAAGUCUUAAACCAAUCUCGUUCCCAGAGUUCGCGGGUUAGGUAGUGCCAUGCAACCCGCGAACAGGCAUACUCUGGGAACGAGAUUGGUCUUAAAGCAGGCAGUCUGAGUCCUCGCAUACCAAACUGGACUUCAAGUUAUAAUCUGUGGGGGUCCAACGUUGGCGACGGCGACCAAUAAGAAAUUGGUUGAAGAUUUCUCGACAACCACUUCUUUUGAAAAAAAACAUGUACUUCUUGCCGUUUCAAGAGAAGGUACUUCGUCAGUACAUCUUAAGAAAUAUGUAUGUGAAGAAAUCUUCCGAAAAUCUUCCAGUUAAAUUCAAGCGACUCAAUGACGAAAACAAAGGUUCUAUAGCCGUGUGGUAUGUUUUCUGUGAUUUCACUGACUAUUGCUAUAUUCGGCUUGUUUGUAAAGAAUGAUAAGUACUUUUAAGAGGCAAAUAAAGUUAAGUAAUGUAUUCUUUGGCUCGAAUACAAAAAUGCGAGUAAUUGUGUUUUCUGAUGUUGCCGGUAUUGGUUGCCAAAUUCUCUAAUGGCCGAUCGCCGACUGUUGUGUUGAAUUCCGUUUGUAUUAAAGGCGAACCUACUAUUGUUUGCACACAAUCGUUACUAAAUAUGAUUUCAUCGCCAUCGCCCAAUUUCCUGCUGCGAUAUACAAAGCGUAUAGUAGCGCAGCAACAAACAUCUAUACAUAGAAGAGUCCCAUUUCCGGAAAACUUAUCAAUAACUCCCACAUUCUCGGACCAGAAUAUCAGAAAUUCUUUGUCUUUUGUUUGUCCACUGGAAACAAUUUAAUUAUCAGAACAAUGCAUUCGAGUAAUUAAAUAUCCUGGCCUUGGCAACUAUAUUGUUGUUCCCUGAGGUGUAAUGAAUGAUAGUAAAAAAUCGUACUCAGCCGACAAUGACGACUAUUCUGGAAGCAUUUAAAAAAUGUAUGAUAUAUGAUAUAGUACAUUAUAUAAAGAUUUUAGAUUUUCAAUUUCCACUAAACACAUUGACGCUGAUGACCUGACCGGAACGCGAAGAGAACGAAUUGUAGUUGGUACGUAUCGGUAGAGAGUGUACUCUUUUGUUUUAACUUGUUUCUUAAUCUUUUGUUUAAACUUAACUCCGUUUCCUUUGCUAAAUUCUCCACCAGAAUUAGAUAAAAUAAACUAUAAUCACUAUGAGCAAGCAUAUAGAUCAUGUUACAUAUACGUAGAUAAAACUGAGUUGCUUUUAAACUAUUUUUUUCAUUUGAAGAAAAGAAAGAUAAGUCAUUAUUAGGAGACAAGUAAUCUUCUAGUUGAGCAUGCUUAAAAAUACAAGUUUGAUAAUCUGUUGAAUCUGAUGUCGUUACCCGUCAGAACUUCUCAACUAUGACAUGUAUAUUCGAAGAAUGAAAAAAUCUUUUGGCGUUAGAACAGUUUCCAUGCCUAAGUGGGAUAGCACCGGAAUAUUUAUCCAAGUGAUUUGUGAGGAGGGCAAACAUUAGCUGCUACAGGACGAUGUACUCUGCGUCCAAGCAACGUCGUCAUUAAGUCUCUUCCGGAGAACAUCUAGUCCAUCGAUCUAUAAUUUUCAACUUUGAUUAACGAAGACAGUAUAGACGGAAAGUUCCUUUGGGGAAGACUAACAACCAAUUUGUACAAUUAUAAUUUAAAGUUUCAACAAUCCAAAUAUAGCUUUGCGUAAUAAACACCGUUUUACAUUAAGCCGUUCCCAUAAUUAUAGUAUCAUGAUAUUGUAUGUAAUUGGUUUGAAAAAAAAAACCUUUUAGGGGAGAGUAUUGUAUUUCUGUUGAAACAUUACACGACCGGCAAACGCGUGCUAUAGGUGUGGCAAGGAAUAAGGUUGUUUACGUGAAAUUGUCACGUUUCUGGAAAACUACUUGGAGUGUUUGGUUACGUCGUCUACGGGCAGAAACAAAUAACAUUAAUCUAAUUGUUGUUUGUUUUAUGUUUCCAUUACAACGCAAACAAUAACACAGUAUGUAAGAUAAAAAACACAUACCGGUAAUAUUGAGUGCAGCGACAUGGAUAAUAUCACGCAAUUAAGUGUACACUUCAGACAGAAGACAUCCAAGUACAACCAAGGUUACUAACUGACUCACCCAAAAAAGGAAUCUAAAAAAAUUAAUGAAUAUAAAGAUUGAAAGGGACUAAAGGGUAUUAAAACUUUUAAAUUGAGCGCAUAUAUUGAGUCUUGAGACUUAAAGUCUCAGUCUAUAUAUAGUGUUUCUCAAAACACAAGCGAAAGUAAUGUAGUUAUACUUUAAAUCUUACUUCACCCGGAAACUUUAUAAACUAUUGGGCUUUCAAUAGUUCCUGUCAGUUAAAUUGUAGUAAAUGUUUUCCUAUCUCUAAGGCAACUCAUUUUUUCUAUUCCCACGUAGUUUAUACUUGUCUGAAUGAACAGUAAAGAUAAAUCAAAUUACGUUCCAAGACUGAAAAAAAUAUAAUUAAGUUUUAUCUUCCUGUAUAUAAUGCAUAGUUCCUCAUUAUAAGAAGUCUGUAUAUAUAUGAAGAGUUCCUGUGAGGAAGACUCAAAACCAUUAAUAUUUUCUGCUAUAAGAACCUGAUAAAAACCAGCUUAUUGGAGAUAAGAAAUCUUACUUAAUAUCGGUACAAUUUAAUGCUACUAUACUGAAGACGUAAAGACAAGGUCCUCGGAUACCGUGGCAGCGUUGAGCACCGAAUUCAAUCUUCAAUAUCAAGAGGUUUGUAUAAAAAAACAUACAAACAUUCAAUGUAUUUAUUGUUACGAACUUUUAGCCAUUACAUAUAUUCAAUUGAAAAUUUCAGAAGUUUCGUUGUAUAUAUGCUUCUUUAUUAUACAGAAGAGAGUGAGAUACUAAAAAAUAUACAGUGAGAUAUUUUCCAUGUCUUCACUGGUGAAGAUAUCGAUCACGUCGUGAAAUUUCACAAUUUUUUGCUUGGGACUAUAUAUAUAUAAUAAACAGAACAUUACUCGCGCCGCCGUGUAAUAUCCUCUAUAUAUUAGAGGUGUUAUAGCACAAAUAAGAAAUUUAACUAAAUGACUCUUUUAUUUCUUUUUAAUCACAAAAUAAUUCACUCUGAUAUAAAGUUGAACACUCGGUUGAACACCAUCUGAUCUGUAUGCUUAGUGCGGUGACCUCUAUAUGUCUGGAGCAAAACAUUUCUGCACACUUCUUCGUGUUUACCGCGCAGACAAAAAUAGUACAAAGGGAGUGGAACUGACGUCCAAGAACUCUUGGUCAUCUUGCCUUCAUUUUCUGGAUUCGACUUUUCACUCCAGUUAUAUACAUGUAGUUCACUGGGAAGAUUUUCCCACGAUGUAUACUUAAAUGCACACGAUGGGUGGUAUAGCAUGAGAUCAUCUCGCAUUCUAGAAACAGUUGUACUUGCUUAAAAACAACAACACUACGUGCAGUAUGAAAUGCAUGGGGAAAAGGCGACAUGUCUCAUGCCAAAUUAGUAGAAACCUUAUGAUGUACAACCAUAGGACAAACACAUGACGGCUUCACUAUUACAUACAUACAUACAUACAUAGACUUUAUUUUCUCACGCUGGCCCCAACCGAACCUUUCGGCUGAUUUCCAUGAGGGGGCACACAUAAACUAUUUACAAAAUACUAUUUACAUUGUCAAAUUGCAUGGCUAACAAGCCAGUUUCAACUCAUUUUUGUUUCAAAAUCGUUUUGAAGUUUCAACUCAUUUUUGUUUCAAAAUCGUUUUGAAAGAACCUAAGGAAUCAGCCUGACACUUACAACUUAAGGAAAGAAAAUCCCACAACAAGACAUUCACUUUGCUCUGUUUACAACAGCACAGACUAAACGUCGUGUACGAUGCCUGGAUUUCAAGUGAAGAAACUGUAUGAAAUUCAAAGGAAAGCUUCGGAUAGGGAUGCAACUACCUGAAAAAUAUAAGGAGAACUUCGACGUUUCAAGCGGCGAAGUCGUUAAUUCGUUGGGAAGUAGCCAACUACGAACUUCCCGAUGAAGUGCCUUUGCUAGACACGUCGAAGUUCUCCCUGUAUUCAGUUUCAGGUAGUUGUAUCAUUAAUCUGGAGCUUUCUUCUUAUUGCCACUGCAUACACUGGUACAGACAGUCCAUGAAAUUCAUAUGAUUGACAAUUCUCGAUUAGUCUUCUUUUACUGGCAAUCAUCUAUUUCGUACGCCAGGCAUUAAAAUAAGUGUGUGAUUUUGACCGCACUUUGUGUCGUUGUGAAUAGAAAAUCUGUACUAGUACAUUGAAAUGUGUGUUUCUGACAAGAACGGGUAAAAAUCUUUGUAUACUGACAAUUAACAUAUCACCUCACGAUUCAUUGCCAGGAUGUUGGAAAAUUGAAAAUUGUAAAAUUGAUAGUGAAAUCGAGUAUUAUCCUUCGGUAGACAAGCUGUCUCACAAAACAGCACUCCAAAUCGGCUAAAAUUGCCAUGGCACAAUAUGACAACCUUUGCUUAGGCCCCUUCUCAAAAAUGAUUACUGAACUACGCUGCUCUUUAAUUACAGCCAUAUUUUUCAAUGAAUGAAUUGUCCCACAUAUACCGGACUACAAACUGAACUACUGAAGUCUAUAUAUCGAGUACUUGCAAAAGUGUAUCUUGUAAAAAAAAACCGGCUUAUUUUGAUGCCGUACGCCUACAUGAUCGUAAGAUCUCUCAGUACUAAAUUAAAAGAGCUGUAUUUGUGAAAGAGCACGUUGCAAUCUUUGCCAUUGGUUUUGGAAAGCAAGACUCGUUUAGAAUGUACGUAAUUUUUCUAAUGACCAAAAUCACCGAAUUACUUGGCGGCAAAUUCUAUACUUUCGGAAUAUUAUUUCCGGAUUAUUCUUCAUAAAAUUGGUUGCGCACUGUUGCUUCCAUUGUCCAAGUUUGGCGUGGACUGUGCUACAAGCAUACAAUCAAUGUCUCAGACGCUAUUAUACAACUCGUAAUUGCAACUUGAUUUUAGUUUCGAUCGCAAACAAAUUGAAACAUUGUUGGGACAAGUUGGAACACUCCUUCAUUUUAUUAACCCAUUUAUCAGUAUUAACCAUUGAGCGCACACGCGUAACUUUGCCGUUGCCGGCGCUGACGAAUAAAUUGGUGUGGUGUUAAACAGAGUAAAAUAAUAAAGUAAAGCGCUUUUUGUUAAUCUAGACUAGAGCUUGAAACGGUCCUCCGUAACAAAACGAGACUGCCAACUCUCGCCAACUCUCAUUUGACUGGGGCUUACACUGGAAAAUAUAAUCAAAUCCAUGCUGUGGAAUUCGUAAUUGCAUCACUAAAUCCCGCAUAGUAUACUGAAGAAAAUUUCAAUCAGUAUGAAAACUGGAUUUCCUAAUUCCAGCGAAGAUCCACACUUUUUCCAUAGUAAGGAUUCUGAAAAAAACUUCCAGUGUUACUCUAAAAAUAGCCGGUUGACUUGUAUGUACGAUAAUACUGAAGGAAACCCAAUACAUCUUUCAUUUUUUCUGUGUUGGUGUUGUGUACUCAGGUGAAUAUGAUGUUUGUGAUGUUACUCUGAGUGUAUAUCCACACAGCACACAGGGCAAGUUUGAAAAACAUGCCUGGCCACGGUGGGAAUCGAACCUGACCGCGUAGCUCAGUUGGCAGAGCAUUGGGCUAGUAGUAUUCCAAAGGUCGUAGGUUCGAUUCCCACCGUGGCCAGGCAUAUUUGUCAAGCUUGGCCGGUGUGGAUAUACACUCAGAGUAACAUCACAAACAUCAUCUUUCAUUAUUUCGAGAAUUAGACCCAUGGGCGCCAUAUAUACUUAAUACUUUAACUUAUCAACUGAGGCAUUAAUUCUGCAACAGGUUGCAGCCCGCGCUAGAAAGUCAAGAAUAAAAAUGUUGCUGCGAAACUUUGUGAAAACUCAUGUGCUAUAUAUAGGACGAAACCUGUUUUCUCACUUGAAGAAUCAAAUGAUAAUUAUAUUGAGGAUUACACUACUAAAGAAGCGGAAAUGAUGUCUACUAAUUGAUUCUCAUAUUUUGAACUUGACGAUGUAAUAACGCGGUUAAUUAGUUUUCACUGCGUAAAGUAUAAUUUAGCGAGAGCUUACGGUGUAAGUGUUUCACAUUUACCUUAAAAGGAGCUUAAAUUUCGCUGAAUCAUGAUUAAUUACAGGAAACAUUUAAAUGAUCAUGACAACGUUAAAAUCUCCUAGAAUUCUAUUAGUAAUGGAUACUAUUCUACACUAGGCAAUAUCUUAUUGGUCAAGGAAACCGGAUCAGAAAAAAACAUGCUAAUGGAAGCGUAUAUGUGAGUGAUGUGACCAAGAGUGUGAUCAUUUAAAAACGUCAAACGUGCUCGCACGCAUUAUACAACCACCCUAAGAACAUGCCGUAUACAAAAACGUCAAAUUCAAAACUCAUUACCCCCUAUAGUUUUUCUGAAUAACCAAGUCAUAAAUAGCAUCAACUCUUUGUGUAAUCACAACGUGUGCAUGUACAACAUGCUGACAUGCAUAUAUUCACGUCAUUCACAUGUAAUGCAGUUUAAUUAACAUAAAUACAUGAUGGGGCAGUUUUAUUUCAAUGCAUCCUUAAAAAUUUACCCACCGUCACCGAAAAUACUGUAAUUCGGCUGAUGAUAUUUUUAUAUUGGAAAGGAGUUUCAAUAAUUGUUUUGUUUUGUGAAAACAUUAUAAUUAGUGAAUAGGUUGUCAAUAUCAGAAAUGUCGGAUUUUUCAUCAUAAGAUUGGUUCUACUAUAGGCCAAUAAAUAAUUCUAAAUAGUUUCAAAAUUCAUCUCUGAAUACAUUGAAUUUUCGAUUCUAACUGAUAGAUGUGUAAAAAAUGGAAUAUAGCUAUUGCAUUUUUUUUUUGGGAGGGGGGCACUGUAUAUUGUGCAAAUGGUGGUAAAUAAAUAGAAUUUAAAAACAAAAUGCCGGCAUGUCCGGUUUCAUUGUCAGCAACAUGUACACUCUACAGUGCUGAAAUUCAUCUCAUUUUAACUUAUUUGACUCGAGAUAUUUAGUUUGAUUUACAUAAAUUUCUAUUCUUAACUCCAAAUACUGAUCGACAACAUAAGACACAUUAAUCAAAGCAUCGCCAUGGUUGCGGACAAAGUAGAUCCUUUGAUUCCAAGAGCCGGCACAUAUUGAGUGAGAUAAAAUCUCAGAAUGUGAAUUAACAUGUCGAGCAUCGUCUCCAUAAUGUCAAUCAACAUCGUUUUAAUUAUUCAAAAAUAAUUAUGUUGUAUACAUACAAUUACAUAUAUUGUGCAUAAGAUUUCAAUUGACUGCAUUACAAGAUGUAUAUCACAUUAUAAGUGUCAUAUAUUAUAUAUAUAUAUAAUUUAACAAUUUAUAAACUUUACAAUCAACAAAACGAUUGAAGGUGCAGACAACAGGACUGAGGAGUCCCAAAUUAAGUCCUACCUACACAUUACAUUGACAUUGUAAAACAAUAGAGACAUGUUACAAACUUUAACAAAGCUACAAGUACAACACAAAAUUACAACACACGAUCAAUGCGUUCCAAACCAUCCUUACACUUUCCAAAGUUAAUAUCAGUGAACUAGACAUGGACCGCCCAUAUAUUGCAAUCCUUUCUAUAUAUAUAUAUAUAUAUUUAUUGUAGAUAUCAUCUCACGAAGUGGACCUUUUUUUUCAAAUUUCUAAGAUUUCUGAUCCGGUGUCGAGAUUUCGUUCCAAAAUUCAUAUUGCGAUAGCCCAUAUAGCGACAGGCACACCCACAAUCAAAAUUAACCCGGCUUUUUCCCUUUAUUUUGAUUACAUAUGGUUAGAUCCCACAUGCAGCUGUGAGGAAUUUAAAAAAAUGUCUGGAUAAUCACAAUCGUGUCAUUGUUCAUAGUAGACGUGUACGAUUACGAAAUUCUCUGAUUACAUUCCAAGCAAUGAGUGCUCGAUGGUGAUGACAGGCUGAUUUUACAUUCUGGGUUUCAUGUUGAAAUAGACGUGGGCACAUCAGUGGGCAUGCCGAGUUUUAGUUUUGUAAUGGAUUUUGUAAUACUUUCUAUAUCGUGGGCCGUGCAUGCAUGCAUGCAUAACAUUUGAAUCGCGCUGAAACACGGUUUAUGUCAAAGGAUAUACUUCACUAUAAGCAAUGAUAUCGCCUUCCUUUCUUAAUCUACAUUUCCUAAUUUCAAUAAAUUUACUAAAUAUUGAUUUUUUCAAAUUUAUUCAUUUUAACCAAUUUUUUCAUUUUAACCAAGGCUAAUUUAUCUGAUGAGUCAUGUGCCACAUCUUAUGGUACGAAACUGAACAGUAUAUAUAAUAAAGUCAAUAAAGAUGCCUAACAGAGUUUAUUGAGUCGUACGUUGUAUUUCAAUUUAUUGCUAUAGUAAGCACUCUUUUGCAAAGAACGAAACCUACAUAUACAGUAUUUCAAUUAAGGUUGCCCCCGAGCAAAGCGGAAAAGUCGAAUACGAGCGGGAAAGGCUGCUGGGAAUCGCUAACAAAUUAAUGUUAACGAUUCCCAGCAGCCUUUCGCGCUCGUAUUCGACUUUUCCGCUUUGCUCGGGGGCAACCUUAAUUGAAAUAGCUGUAUAUAAUAUAUACGUCUUCCGGAAACACACAGUGCAAUUGUAAUUUUUUUUUAUCUUUGUAUUACUAAUGGUGGUUGUUGUUAUAAAGGCUCAUCUAGUGUGGUCUACAUGCAUGAUAUAUCUGACUGAGUCGUAUAUACUAUUCUUAUUCUGAGUUCCACAGUGGAAAAAUGUCUCCAUAAACUUAAAUGAAAAGGAAUUGUCAAACAAUUAGAAACCCAAGCAUUGAGUCUCUAGACUAAACGGAUUCAUGAAUUGCAUAGCACACAAUACCCCACCCAACGUAGGCCUAAUAUUAUUUUACAUAUAUAAUAUACCCCGUCAUACUAGAGUAUAGCGUAAUAACAAGUGUGGUAUGAUGAUUAUGAAGAAAUAACAUAAUGACUAUAAGGAAACUACGGGUACCAUACACGAGAAAUAACACGUAUAUAACUGAAUACAGACCUUAUCACUACAUUUGAUGUUGUAUCUAAGAAGGUGUCAUUUCAAUGCGCGAUAAGUCAAAGUAAAAAACUCAAAGCAUAACAUGAACUUCAUUUUUUAUCAGGGAUAAGUAACUGAAGCCUUUUUCCUGAAAGCUGAACACCUAGCUGUCUAUCUUGUAGUUAAGUGAUGGUACAGUUUCGUAAUGAUUAACAGCCUAAAUGCUAUUUUAUAUAAUUCGUUAUUACCGUCGAACAUAUUCAAUCUUUUGGGUAUAAAAAUAUAUAAAUAUAUAUAUUUCCAAUAAAUGCCAAGAAUAAUUUCUAAUCGUUAACUAUAAUACAGGAGGUUCAAGAACUUCAAUUCUAUAUUGUUUUAAAAGAUACUUUAUUCGAACAGAACUACCAAUACUGCUACAGUCAUAGAAUAUAAAACAUAUUAAAUUGACAGAAAGGCUAGAUUAAAAAUUAGAAUUAUACUAUAGUUAUAUUUGAUCACUGAGGACAUCAGAGCAAUACUUGCUACCAAUAUCCCCACGGAUAUAUAUAACCAUGCAUGCAGUGUCGGUCCAUGAUGGCCAGGCCUUCUCUGCAGGGCAUUUCCGCGAGAACAGAAGGGGAGCUACUUAUUAAGGGAAAAAACCCUUAUUUCGAUAGGAAAUGGUUAUUUGGUAGAAGUAAAUAAAACUGUGAUUUAGUUGAAUAUAUAUAAGGAUUGGGUAAUAGUUUUGAAACCUUUCCCAUGACAUACGCAUGUAAACUUAUCGUGGGUGUUUGUUAAUUCUUUAAAUUUCAAUUUACAAAAUACAUGUAAUAGUACCGCGUCCCCUGGAUUCUUUGAAUUCAAUAUACAGAAACUUAAUGUCAUGAUGAUAGACUGGACUUCACAACUCCCCCACCUUAAUAUUGCAUGAUUUGUUGUCUUUUACAUCAUAAUAUACAUAUUGCAAUAAAGUAUGGGUUGGUUUACCUGAAAAUCUUCAUUAUACUGUCGGUUGAAGUUCCCCGUAUAUGGUGAAACUGAUGAUAGUGAAGAUUUUGAGGUAUGUGAUCGCGUCCUACAUUUGCUCUAUAUCGUUUUAUAUCAGGGUACACUGGCCGACAUUUUGUAAAGCAAUACACAUUCUGUACGAUAUAUGUGCAUGAUUCUGGAUUGCUGUGGUGGGAAAGGAUUUACAGCUAUAUACCUGAAAAAUAUGAGCAAAACUUCGACGUUUCGGGAAGGUCUUCGCUUACCCUACAACUUUAAGAUGCGCUCAGUUUUACAGAUGCGCUCAAAUAUACAGUUCAUGGUCAAAUGAAUCUGCCUACAUGAUUUUACUCCAGAUUUCACACUCCGCGUUUAUUCCAUAUGCUGUCACACUGUGUAAUCACUUAUACAAAUUUACACUAACUCACAAGCUUUGCAUCAAAUUCUUUCACAUAAACCCAUCCUAGGAAGGCCUAAACUUUACGAAACGUACAUAAUUUAUCAAGAAAUGUAUGGAAUCGAGCGAUUACAUCUCACUGGUCGACUAGUUUGCAUGUCGGCAAGAGCGCACUACAGUAUGAAAUGUAAUUACUGAGACGAAAAGAACACAAUGGACUAUUUAUAACUACUGUGCAAGAUUUCGCAACGUACUUGUCAAUGGACAAUAGACGCAAUUGAGUGAUGAGUAUCUGUUAGAUUACAAUCCUUGCAUGUUGCACGCUACGGCACACAUUUAGUUACAAAACCACUUUCUGCGUCCACCAGAUAGAACAAGACCCAGCACGUAUCAUUAUGUUAUUAUGCAAGCGCUUAUAGCGAGUGGCAUCGCAACUCCUACGCCGUGCGGGUGGAUGACGCUGUCACAUUAACCAUUAAUAUUAAUAACUGAGAGAGUGAGAGGUAUAUAAAAAGACUCGGUAUAGCCCCAGACUCACAUAAUUUUUUCCCACUCACUAGCGAGCAAUUUGAAGAGUCAAGCAGAGAGCCAAGAGGAAUGGUAGAACGAGAAAGCUAUAUAGUUUUAACCUCGUCACGUCAGCAAUCCAGAGAGGAUCGAAGCAACAGCAGUCGAGAAGGCAGUCCUGAAGCUAUUCAAGCCAGGAGAAAUUCAAGUCACGAAAACGGUCAUAGCAGUGACCCUGAAGUACCAUCAGAGAAUAUGCAUUUCAGACAUGAAGCAAGUAUGGUGCAUACAGAACACGAAUCACCCACGAACCAUUUAAGGUAUGGAACUUAAGAAUUACUUACAAAGAUUAACUGGGAUCAUUGAUCAGAGAUGAAAAACUCAAUAAUUUCAUUUCACUUAUGAUAUAAAAUCUCUACGAAAAAUCCGUUGUCUCGAUAUCUUGUAUAGAACGAUCUCUAGAACGCCACUUCAUCCAGUUUAUGAAACUAAAAGCAGGCUAGAAGUAUAGCGAAAUCCAUUAAAGUUAUUGAGUACAGAGUAGAUAUUGAGUAGAGAGAAUUGUUUGUUGUGAAUGGAACAUUCGAGAAGUCUCAGAAUCCAUUCCAACAUAGAUUAUACUAUAUAGUUUACAACAAUAAUCAAGAUUCCUAAAACUCAAGUCUUCACUCGAAUACUACGGAUGUAGUUGCGUCACUUUUUUCCAGAGCACUUGAAGUAGCAAGCUUUCUAGAUAAGUGUGUGUGUUUAAACGACAUUCCUUUUACCAUGCAUGUACAUAUACAUUGAUUAGGCACUUCAAUAUUUGCUUAACCUCGGGUGAAGUUAUUUAGAUAUUCACGAAAAAUACUUCCCAUGGGCAUGGUGCAAUUGUGCAAUAUUCUUAAAAUGAAAUAAGGAUUUAAAAUGAAAUACACUCCCAAAAAUUAUUUCCCAAAAAAUUUCCAAGAGAAUACCAGAUCUUUUUAAUUAAAGAACAAUGUAUGUCGUUCUUCCCUAAAAUAUUUUCCGAUAAGGACAAUUAAAUUUUAAUUCGCAUUCAAAAAGUUGGUCAGUUUUAUCGCAAAAACGUGAAAAUUUAUAACACUGACUGCACACAUAUAUAACAACAAGACUGGAAACGUUGGUGUGAGGAAGUAAGAUUUAAACAUGAUUCUAGUCGUAUCGAGUGGUAUGUAUUAAAGUAAAACCGAUGCGUCAUUCAUUCAUGCAUACUCAAUUUAGUUGACUAAAGUGAAGUGUUUAUAUUAACUAUUUAUCUGGUGAGAUUUUUAGCUCUGUACUAUAAAAAAGUAAUGAUAUUUCGAUUGGAUACAAAAUGACAAAGCAUUAGCCAGCAUCCUAGUUAAAAGAGGUUUUAAUUCUUAAACAUAAAAGAGGUUUUAAUUCCUAAACAUAUGUCUAUAUGCCUUUGGCGAAUUCCAAAAAGCGCCCACAUCAUUCUGACUUAGCGCACAUUUAUAAUUCCAUGCAAAAACGUAAUAACGUGAGUUAUAUUUGUGAAUUGUGAGCGUAUCACGGUCAAUCACAGUCUUCAUGAAAUUGAUUUGGUCUGUGGCUUCUAAUAUGACCUAGCCCACAUCAAUUUGCAUGCAAAGAUAUAAUGACGUAAGGUGUUAACUGUAUCGAUGUAUUUCAACCUUGAUAAAAUCGUUUAUUCUUUGCCGCAACUGUUUCUUCGUCGUUUCAAUAUUCCACUCGGAUGUGCAGUUAUUUGGUAUCUUGCCAAGUUUCCCGACAAGGAAGCGGAAGUAUAGUGGAAAAUUCGGAAGCAAAAUUGAAGAUUCCCAAAUUUUGCUUUGUUGUAUUUGCGUCAUAAGGGUAAGGCUUUAGAUUACAACACGCGUUUGGUUCCUGUUUGUUUGUGCGCCUCAUUUUGCCGGGCCACAAAGAAUGUCCGGAACUCUCAAAUAGAACUUCAGACGCGGUGAGAUAUCGCUUGAGAUAUGUGCUUUGGAACAUUCUCGUCCGAGCUAAUCACAUUCGGAGAGUAUCAGAUUGGUUAAUAUUGGCUUUCAAAUUACCAUUGACAUAGCAAAAGUAUUUCAUAUAUCGGUCAACUCAAGGGCAAAUCAUCACAGUAUAGACGGAAUUCAAUGUAGAUGUGAUGUUUGUGGUAAUUCAUUGUCGCUGCGUCAAUGUAUUUCAGGAUUUGGUGGCUAUAUUUAUAACGACAUGGUAUCACAAUCAGAUUAAGUUGAUAUUCGCUUUCAAAUUAGUAUGCCAUACCAAAAAUAUUCUUUGUCAUUUGAAAGAUGAAAUCGUCACAUAAUAUCGUUUCUUUAAACGUUGUAGCAUUCCUCAAUUACACGGAGUAGACAAUGUUUCCUAGAUCAAUAAUUAUUGAUAUUGACCCCCUUAUUUUACUGUUCACUAUACAUAACUACAUUUAUAUGGUGGUACAUCAUAUGUGAAUUACUCAAUAAGGGUGAAAUAGUAGUGGCAUUUAACAUGGACAGCAUUUAAACAAUUCCAAAAUAAUAUUAUUAAAAUAUAUAGAAAUUCUUAUCGAAUUUAACCGUAUAAAACAAAUGCAAAAUUUGAUCUUAUAGUUAUAGAAUUACAUUGCAUGGUCAUUGCAAAAUCCAUGCUGUGUCACAUGACUCUGCAAAAUUAGGUGUGAUUGUACAUAAAAUUGUGUAAUUGUACAAAUAUGGCGCAACACUGGCAAAAUAAACACACUGCGUGGCAAUAUUCAAACAGCAUUAUUUAUAUAAUAUGACGUUAUUUGAACUUAUUUCGUGUGCAAUGAAAGCGUGUAAUGGCUCAUACACCCACGAGACGCUCUUGAAAACCGCAUGGCAUAAUUAUGAAAAUGAUUUAUAAUCAGUGUUGUGUAUAGCUGGAUUGCUGAUUGGCAUCGAAAUUUUAAAAUUUCGACGAAACCUAAUCUCUUACAUAUGCAAAGCUGUUUUAAGUAAUUUACUGAAUGCCAUUAUCGUGUCGUUUGGUGACAAGCACAAGUUUCAUGAAAUCUAACACUCAGUAGGAUUAGUAUAUAAGCUCCAAUCUGCGGUUUCAUCACUGACAACAACAGCGAGAACUGUGCGAAUUCGGUGCAGUUGUACGAAAUGAUCUUCCAUAGAAGCUUCUAGGUAUAUGCCCUCGACGUGAACUGUAACACAUGCAUCUAGGUAGUCUAGACAUUGAUUAAUAUUCAGACUCAUGAGCUAUUCAGGGUGAUAUUGACAUUGACCUCGUGUCAACAUGUAUUACAGUAAUAACACUGCAUGCAGGCUACAAUUGUCCUUUGUUUCGCCCAGUCAGUCUGGCACUCACUUGAGAAGCACAGAUUUCAUUCAUAUCAUUUGCGCAGCGCCAUCAUUUGUUGUCGUCAUUACGAUCUGUUGUGCGCAACGUACAAAUCUUGUAUUAGUUGUAUACAGUUGUACUCCUAGACGUUGUACUCCUAGACUGUUCAGUUGCCAACAUACAGUAACGUCCCAUAUUUAAGUUGCAUGUAGUCUGUGAUAUGUUCGUGCACAAUUGUCUUAGUACGUCUCGUUAUCCAUCAGGAUAUCAAUUGGAAUUUAGUUUCUGUUUUCUUCUCUUGUCACUACAUUUUCUAGUUAUUGUUAUUAAAUAAAAGAACCUGGCAGCUUAAGAACCUAUACAGCCUGAAAUUUGCCAUUUAGACAACCAUUUUUAUCGGAAAGAAUUCAGUCUGAGAUUUGGAAACUUUUUGCAACCUACACGUUUGCACAAACAAGAAAUCUGCGUCAUUACAUAUUGUCAAGAAUAGCUAAUUUGCGCAAUAUGUCCAAAGUCCAACCAAGCUUGGUUGCAGAACUGAUGUAGUUAUUGUUGCUAUAAUUAUACUUCGAGCACACAUGCGCUCACGCAGUUAUCACGGCUAGCCAUCAGCAAGCAUACGAUAAGUACCAGCUGGGGAAAAUAUUUUUGACGAAAUAAGCUCUCAUUACCGGUCGCUGUUAUUUUUGUAUACUAGAUUUCGAAAUAACUCUAACUAUUAAAGCACGUAUACACAGUUCUUAGGUAUUUUGGUAUUUAUGACAUUGCGUGUGCGCUUCAGGGAAUGAGCACGGAGCAAGACAUGGAUUAAAACAUGGAGUCCUUUACCAAAAAUGCGAAAACGUCUCAUCAAAAUAGCAACUAGCCUGCGUAGCAGUCGCUUUAUUUUAUUAUUGUAGGUUUUGAGGAUUUUUGAAUAUUCUUCGCCCUUUUUUUCUUCGUCCAUUUUUCUAACUCGCCAUAUAUUCAAAAAUCCUCAAAACCGACAAUAAAAUAAAGCGACUGCUACGCAGGCUAAAUAGCAACGUAUGGGAAUGGUGGAUGCAUGAAUAUAUGUAUUUAGAUUUGCGCGCGCUAAAUUCGCACGAUUUUGCGCAUCCUAGCUGAAUUUCAAAGCAUCUGAACUCGAGAAUUCCAUAUACUGCAACUUCCAAUAUUUUGGUCGGAUAAUUUCAUGAAGACCUGGCAAAUAUUUGCCCCCCCCCUCCCCACCCCCACACACACACAUUUGUUUCCUCCCGUAUGGCUAUAUGAACGAACCUGCAUGCCCUUACGUGCGUUGGAAUAAUUAAUUUACACGACGAUUUUUAUUGACUGUUCAAUUUGAUGGUUUUGUUUUGUACAAAGUUUACGUCGGAAAUACUUAUUCAUUAGUUCAAAAACAACCACGCACGCCAUCGCUUGCACGCAAAAACAAGGGUGUUAUGGCGUACUGUAAACCAGAAGACUCGAUAACACGAGCAAAUAUACAGAAUCGAUUUAUUUCAACAUUUCAUGUUCGUUAUAUUUUUCUGAAUGAGAGCGAAAACCAUACUCUAGUUUCGUGAGAAGUUCCAAUGUGUUUUGUAAAUGCAAACCUAAUUUAAAUCAUGAAUGACGUAAAAACAAUCAUUAAGGAUUACUGCAAGUCUGCGUUACAAAUUCACCGCGAAAACAAGAGCUGCUGUAAACAUAGCGUGGGCAGGGAGUGUUUACAAAUAUGCAUUAAUGUCCAUGGUAAAUGCUGUGUCUUUGUUUCAAUAUACAAUAACAUAACAUGACAUAGCGAUAGGCUUUUAACCGCCAACACUGCUGACUGCAGGGUUAAUAUUGACCUGAGUAGGUGUAUACAAUUAAAAGGUUUUCACAAUAGAGAAUUGCAAUGAAACUAUGAAAAAACACUUAGUCUUAGUUAUAGGGUGGGGUGGAGGGCGUUAUAUUAAAGCAACAGUGAUGUAUAAACUAACUAACUUUAUUUAUACUGGAAAGCUCUAUACCACGGUUGUAAACUGGAUUAAUUAGGAUCGCCUUUGGUCCAGUAUUAUCGCAACCGCAGGAGGAAACCGGAUUAAAUGCGCCGUCGACAAAUGGAGUGUGUGUAGCUGAGUUGGUUUUAAAACGUCCAAAAACUCGGGGCGAUGUUUUACCGACAGGAGGAAUUAAAAAGCGCGUGAUUUGUAUAGACAUAUAGCCCAUGGACAUACACCCUGUUAUAUUGAUUUAAUGAUGUAUAUAAACUACAAUAACGUUCAAUAUAAGCACUACAGCACAAAAAACCCAUUCAAAGAAUAUGUUUUUAUCGCAUAAACACGCAUCAAGCAUACAUUUACGUAGUUUCCAAAGCAGCAUUCAAAUAUAAAAGGUCAAGUCAGUGGCUCUAUUAGUUCGCGAUUGUUCGAAACAUUAUUGUCUUUACGUGGAUAAGGUGUUUAACAAGGUAGUCACGUUUUUAGUACCGCGAUAAGGUGCUUGAACCAUUAUUGCGUAUAAAAGAAAUUUGUUCACAUCGUUCAUAUGUACAACUAUGCUAUAAAAAAAUGUAACUUCGCACACCCUUAUUUAAAGCUUGAAAUACUUUUUGUACAAUAUACAAUAAAUACGAUGUUAAAAUAAAAUAUGGUACUGCUAUAAGCAAAAAGAGCAAUAUCCCAAUAUAACAUCUUCAAAUAAACGCACAUUCCUCAAGGAUUUGUAUUAAUUAAACUUAAACUCAAAAUUAAUAUCAAAUUAAAAUCGUUGUUUGUCUACGACCUUUAUUAACCGUGCUACCAACUGAUAACCUCGGGGCGUUUUCUGGAUCAUUUCUUGUAUUAGAAUACGAGCAUAAACUUUAAUUACUUUUCUCUUAUGACCGACAUUGUUAAGAACACCAUGUUUGAUUGGGAUAAAGUGUUUUGAAUAUGCGGUGUUGGCAAUGUAAGAGACCGCCAUAUAUACUUUGUGUGAAAACAUUGGAGAGCGGAUUUUGGUAAAAAGCCAACGGUAUCGUUGCCAAUAAUUGUCACAAAGUCACGAGUUCUAACAAAAUUUCACUGCUUCAUUUAUUGUUCGAAAACAAGUAAAAACAACAGCUCGAACUCCUGAUCUCUUGUGGACACAAGUCUUGUUUCGGUUUGAAAAGCAUUCUGCGAGAAGAGAGGGUGUGUAUCGCGGUUCUUAGCAAGUGAAAGGCUACAAAUAUAUAGCAGGUGAGUACAAACUGUACAACGAACAACAGUUGAAUUGAUCAAGUUUGUACAUUUCAAAGUAGCGUAGCAUCAUGUGAUUUUUGCAUGAAAUUUCAUUCUAACAUUGAGAGAGAACCUCUACAGUGUUUAGUGGAAAGUGAAAGGCAAAAAUAGCAGCUUAAAUGUAAGUACAAUGAACAAUAGCUGGUUGAAUUGAUCAAGCUUGUACAUUUUAAACGUGGCAUUUGAAACGAUUUUGUACAUGACGUUGUGACACUAAGAGAGACAUUUGAACAACGGCUAGUUCAUUUGAAAUAUAAAGCUCAUCUCAAAGUAAUCUCGUACCGAGCUUUUUGUGUAACACCGUCUGGACGGUACACACAAUGAGUGUCUGUGUUGGACACGAUACAAUAUAACAGCUACAGGCCAUUCAAUGUACAUUAUACACCACAUGACGGAAAGAACAUUCAGCGCUAGUGAGCAGUGUAUAAUUCUCAGGUAAUAUAUGACUCAACUGAAUUUGUUAAAGUUAAGUCAGGAAAGGCACAUACAUAUAGAGCGAUGGUUUACAUUUUAAGUACUGUUUUGGCAAUGAAAGCAGUUAUAUCACACUUCUGGUAUAUUCACUGCUUGAGAUGUUUAAUGUCCGGCAUAUUAUCCAUAGACUAUUAAGUGUUUUGAAAAUGUCAUAUUCACAAGCACUGCAUCCUUACAAACAUUCUUGUCUUCAGUUUCCUCGUUGCAAUAGCAAUACAUUAUUAUGACACACUGCUAUAUAUCCAGGCACCGUUUAAACGAUAGUGAAUCACAUUCACUUUCUCUUAAUCCUUAACGUGAUGUGUUUUAGUAUAUGGAGCCCUGCUCAAGCGAGGCUGAGAGUUGAUGUGAGUUGCCAGUCACGCAAUUGUUAUACAUGCAGGGGACAUUUCCGAAACUCUAGACAGAAUAAAGGUUUGAUGUGUGUUCCAACUAUGUUUUAACUUCAAUAAAAUACAUGAUAGUGUUGGGAAAGCAUUAACAACAGCUAACCAAGCUCGCGUGACUGUCAACUCUCAUGCAUGCACUAGCUCUCGUUUUCGUUUGGCAGUCAGGUUAUAUAAUGUCGAAUUUUGAGAUGUAGAUAGGAACAGGAAAAUCGCCACUCUACUUGAUGGGAGAGAAACAUUGCCCAAUGAUUUAUUUCACUAAACUAUGCGAACAAUAAGAACCACAAAGCAGCAGAUCUGUUAAGGCUGAUCUGUAUACACUAACGUUUGCCUUAAACUGUCGCAUAUACAACCCUGCCUACGACAACGUAGAUGAGUUGUGUGCUUGAUUUACACAGUACAACUCAAGUUGUAAGCAGGUUGCAUGCCAUAGUUUUAGGCAAAAGUUGUGUAGUGUAAAUCAGCCUUCAUUCUUUACUGAUGCGUCCAAAUCAAUCUCUAAAUUAAGAAAUGUCUUUAAUGUACUUGUUCAGUUGCAAAUUUUAUAUUAAUAAUUUAAUUUUAUAUUAGAUUUCAUUUUCUACACUAUAAAAUACUGAUGUGUGGAUUUUAUUAUUGAUUUUAUCCAUAUACAUACAUAUCAUAGUUAUAUAUUCAUUGCAAAUAUAUAUAGAGACGUAAUUGAGUUGUUUAGACUCAGUGCGAAGUGUUUUAUUAACGAUCUAUAACUAUCUAAUGAAACUAUACAUCUCUCUCAAUUCAUUUUAUUGAAAUAUUGGCCAUGAAAUAAACUAUAAAUUAAUAAUGAUCAUGAUCAUAAUGAUCUAAUUGCGCUGGUAACUGCGGGGUUGAUCACCAUCUGUGAAAACUAACUCCUCCGCAGACUUUAAAAAUUCGCUGAACAAUUUUAAUAUCACCCACAAAACAAUGCUCAAUGACAAUGACAAAGGUUGUUAAAAAUUAUGACAUUUCUUGAAUAAGUAACUAUAGCCUACUUGCGUCAUUUUAUGACGAGUUAGAAUUUUUUGUUGAGUGAGUCAUGAUGAUUUAUGAGCUAUAUAUUUAUACGAAUAUAUACCAUUUGAACAGCAUGUAAAUCAGGCAUGAUUAAGUUAACUGUCUGAAACUAUUUAUAUCAUCAUUAAUAUUCUAUCAAGGAAGAAAUUUGAUUUUAAAAAGGAAGUUGUUAGCACUGAAAUUUCUUUUAUAAGAGGAAUGAUUCGUAGUGUGUAUGUCUGGACCUAUAAGUGGCACGUUCUUUGAUAUACUAAGCAUCGAAUAUAAUAUGUUGUACAUUUCGACAGCAUUAUUUAUAAAAAAACACUGUCAUAUUAUUAGCAGCUCUUGCCGUGUGGGCGUUUGAGAUAUAUCUAGGACAAUAAAUUGAAGUAAAGACAUAUUAUACAGGUAAGCAUUGUCUGUCAUGAGCUGAAGCAACAGUCAAUUACAAUAUAAAGUUUCCUUUGAAACAAGUCUCAGUGCUGACGAAAUAACGAAAAUAAUUCCUUUAAUUGAAUGCUUGUUUAUCCAAGUUUCUUUUGUCAAAGCAACUGCAUGAUAUGGUGUUAUGUGUCCCUAUUAGGCUAUAUUUUAGCUACGUGCUUUGUUUUGUAUUUAUACCGGAUCACACGUUUCAGAGAUAAUUCGGGUCAUAGUGGAGACUUAAAUAUUUCAAAUAUUGCGAAGAUAUGAAAUUGCCAUUCUUCUUGUUCAAGAAGUCUUCCUUUGUGGGCGAGUUUAGUAAAUAUAGCCCGUCUACAUGCGGGGUGGAAAGGUGCAUGGAUACGAAAGAGACAAUAGUACAUACAAUGCAAUAAGAAAAAAAUGUGAAUUAAGCGUGGGCAGUGCGGUGUUUGAUUGGUACAAAUGAAAGUAUGAAACUAAGAUAUUUCAUUCCAGAAAGACAGUGUAGACAUUCCUGAGAUUUCAGUAAGUGCCUAUAAACAUUAUUUCGAACCACAAAACAUUUCGCCAGGUGUGUAGCAGAAAUAAAGUGGCAUCUUUCAACUCGGCUUGCACUUCAUUUCUAAGUAGGCAGUAGAUGAAAUCUGAGACUUGUAAAAGAUUUCUAAGUCUUUGAAAUAUCAACAGAGAGGUGCCAGCAAUGAUUGUAACAACUUCUGGCUCCAUGGUGUAUGGGUUAAGGUAGGAUAAACAUAUUUAUAUAUUGAAGAGUAUAUGUAGUUGUAAUAUUUAAUUUAUUUAAUACAGAAUCAUCCACCUGUAUUAAACUACUUAUACAUACAGUCAAACCAGCGGAAUUCUGGUUAAUUGUACAUUUUGUAAUACAUACGUACCAAUAUAGAAAUCGUCUUUUCCUAGCGAUUUAAAGCUACUGUUAACUCUAGUUUAAGAAAUUUUCUCGAAGAUUUACUAACUUGUCAUCAUUACAACUUGAAAAGUAAUGAUAUUUGUCACUACAUCAUUUGGUUUACAAAUAGGACAAACACGUAAAUGAUAUAGGCUACCUGUAUAGGCGAUAUUAUUAUUAUUAUUGAAUACAUCUUUUCUUACCCGAGAUGGCAGAAAUGCAGAAGGCGGGGGGUUCUCUGGGAAUUCAAAGCUUAUAAAGCAUCAUGACGCUACCAAAUAAAAAUAUCAAUGGGUGUUAACCAUUACGCAUUUCACACAUAGAUCGGUACAUUUUACAAGAUAACUGCCAACUGGUGGGUGGUAUAGCAUUUCAAUCAGACUUCGCAAAAUGAAUCCUGUGUUUCCACAGCUUCCCAAUGACAAUAAAAUACUUCUUUAAUUUGCCAAGAAUAAGAGGAAUAAGCUGUCUUUAUCAUCGCACAAUAACAAUUAUAGGCUGGGUUAAUUCAAAUUUCAAUGCCUAUUUCCUUCGUACAUUUAAAACCCUGCAGACACCGGACACGAUUCAGGAACACAACGCAAUUUUUAGUAUUUUUCAUCUUUUGAAAGUCAAUCAAAACAGUCUAUGAAACUGCAAAGAAAGUUUCAAAGAUCUCAUGUAGACCAAAUCUAGAAUGUUCUAAAUAUUUGAAAAACUUACACCGUAGAGGCAGGGUCAAAGUUAUCCAUCAGCGAAAAAUCGCGCUAACGUUGCCGAAUCAUUGCCUCGUGAAAAUUCAGUUCAAUACGCUGUUUUAAAUAUAGGUAAUAUACAUAUGCAUUUAACCCCAUUUUAAAAGGCUCAGUAUAUGAUGUCAUCAUUAUAGAUAUAAUACCAUAUAUAAACGCCUGUCAGGACUGUAUGACUUAUGCUACUCCUGAAACAAACAGCCACAUGAGGAACGGACGUAUAUAGUCUAUAGCAUAGAGUGCCAAUACAGAAUACAUAUUUUGCCAACCUUUUGUGAUUACCAAGAAGUGCAGAGCCAGAAGAAAGGUAAGAAGGACGAAGUUGAAAAUCGUACAAGCUAAGUACGGAUAGAUUUGGAAUUAAAUUUGGUUCAUUGGGAGUUACAUUAACUCCUUGAAAUAAUGAAAUUAAGAGGACGUGUAUAUAUUACUAGUUAUUUUUUUAACUGCAUGUCUGUGCCAGUGUAGGUAGUGGCAAUAAUAUGAAUAAGCUUUCGUUGGGAUAUUACUAAUUAUGUUAUAUUGAUAUGUUGUAAUAUACAUCUUAUCCCUACCACAUGUUAUAUAGAGUUAAUGAGUUCUCAAACGACAGCCAUCCUGACCUUGCCUUGGCAUAUUUACUUCCCAAUUUUUCAAACGGUUUAUAAUUUAAGCUGUUUAAAUUGUAAAUGAUGUAAAAAAGCCAUGAAUUGAAAUCCUUAUAUAAAUUGGUCAAUUAGCAGCAUAAGCCAUAACACAUUAAGACGGUAAAGUCACGAAAAGCAUCUGUAAUUUCGUGGUGUAAAGGCCCGUUAAACGAGGUCAAUGUUGGUUUCGUUUUGAGAAUACGGUCACACUUUGUUUAAAAUUUUCAUGCAACUAUAUAAUUGAAUGCCACAAGUCCAGAAUUGAAACAUUAGUCCCCUUAGCCUUACAGGUCUAACCCCCUAUGAUUAAUGAAUUAGCAUGAGUAUAGCUAUAAUAUCAUUAGUUUUCUCAAUUCAUUUCUUAUUUCUCAAUCUGCUUAAACUACAGUCAUGAAUGACAUGCAAGGUUAAUAGCACAUAAGAAUCUUAGAAAUUAAAAUUUCAGCCAUGAAAAGGAAGUAUUAGACUUCGCUUAAAUAAACGAGUAAGAUUUUAGUCAUAUAUACAAUUCACACUAUAUAUAUUACAUUCGAUCUAAGUGGCAAGGUUUUAUAAUACUCUUACAGUAUAUCAGUGAACAUGAGCUUAUUUUAAAAGUAUGGGGAAUUUUAGGGUUCAAAGUCUUAAAGUCUAACAGAACUUCGAGCGAAGGCGGGAUGUUAAUUAUACUAAAUGCUAAAUUGAAUAAAAUAAAGUGAAAAACGAAAAUAUACGGUACAUGAUUAAACACAUUUAUUAAAAAUUAAAGUUCACUUUCUAUGUUAUAAUAAAUAUGAACGCUCAUUUGCAUUGGGCUUCGUGUGAAAUUCUAGCGUUUGAAGCAAGCUAAAAAAUAUUAAGGACGGAAAUUGAAACUCAAUUAAAACGUAAUACUUUGCAUUUCAUUGCAAAACUGAAUACACAUAAAUAGUCAAAUACAUUUUUAGCCUCAGCGCGCGGAACUUCAUAUUAAAAUGACUUAGCUAAGAAGUUCCUUGUAUGAUGGCAUGCCAAGAUGUUUGGAAAUGUACAUUCUUCGUUAUCAGUACAAAGACGUCAUUAGCACAAACAUAAUAGUGUAGUUUAUAGAUUCAACUUCCAGUUCCACUAUGGUUAACGAUCCGAGCUAACACACCUCGAUGUUUUCAACAAAAACAAAUCAAUUAUUUAAGGGUAUACAUGCCAACCAGGAUAUUAAUUGUUAUUUAUAACAGACAUGGAUGGACAUUUUCAAACUCCUGAUCUUCCAACUUAACCCAGUCACCAGUGUUGAAACAGACCCAUGCAAGGUUGCGUCCUUAUAAGUGAGAGUUGCAAAACAUGUAAAUCAGUAGCAGUUAGAAAACACUUCCCCACACUGCACGAGACGUGUCGUAUUUCUUAUUGGGCAGACAGGAUUUUGCCUAUCUCAGCACAUGACUAUAAUUAUAAGCCUGGCAUUAAUAUAUAUAAAGGAAGGUCCUACAAGUUCAGCAAGUAUUUAUAUGAUGUUGGCGGCGUUGAAUAGUCAUCAAACAAGUAAGUAAAGUAUUCCUGAACUUGCAUGGGGAAUUGAUUUUGCUCAAAAAUUUGAAUAAAGUGAAAGUUGUUGAACUUUGCUCUCUGAAACUAAAUUUACUGAACACUAAGCUCAUCACAUAUUCCGUUUUAUAUACAGCUAUUUAAAGUUUUGCAUAAUACGGAUCAGCAGAUUUGAAAUCAACUGCCUAGACUAAGAUCAAAGAGUCUUCAGUUAUUAACAAAUGAAAUACGCGAAACGUAAUGCAAUAUAAUGUAAUCUUAUAUAGUCUCUCUUUAAUAUUUUUUUAUAUUCUAUGUACUAGUAUUGGAAUAAAUUUUGUUUCUUGUUUUAUAAAAUUCUAGUCGGUUUGGCAACCGGCAGUAAUAUUUAAUUUAAAUCUUAAAGAACAUUUGAAGUUUGACGCUUCUUUCUCUUGCCAAUUAUAGAGGGCCCUGGGUACAUAUAUAAGAUUAGCUUUUGCCAACAAAGUUUUGUUAUAAAAUAAAGUUUGCGUCGAUCUAUAUCUAGUAAUUCUUUGCAAUGGUUUGUAAUAAAACUACAUUGUAAAACGAAAUUGGCCAUACAAUGGUUGUCUCAGAGGUCAGGGUUAUAUAGGAUCUGUGCCAGUAUAGGUAGUGACGAUAACAGGAUAGCUGUGGAUUAAGGGGGAUACAACAAGCUGAAGAAUAGGGAGUUUAAGAUGGCGACAACGGACAACGGGUACGGUUGAAAGCUUGUUUUCGCAUUGCUGUAACAAAGGCAGGCGAAGUUUACAUAUCCCCAGAACAUACUUUUCACCGUAGCGACCUUGGCUACAACGUGAAAAUCACAUUCUUGUGUUGUAAAACAGCAUCAAGAACAUAGCACUGAAACUGACUAUACACAACGUUGCAGGUUGGAGAGUAUUUUUAUAAAGAAAUUAUGAAAAUUGAAAGAUGAAUGAAACUUACCGAACACAAAGCCAUGCACAUAAAACAUAUUUGGGACAAAUUUGCCAUGACAAGCAUUUAGUAUUUACAUAUAUACAACAAAAACUAUUUCAAACGUAGCCGGUAGUUCGUCGUCAAGAUCUUAAACUCCCUAAUACAAGGAUGGGUACGGUUAGUCAGUGGGUGACCAGCUCGCUUGGCUAGGGCCACCCUCCUGAUAGGGUCACCCUCCUGAUAGGGUCACCCUUCCUCCAUAAACAGGCCCUAACUUCCCGACGAAACGCUCGAAACGUCGACGACGUUUUGCUUGGAACAAACGUUUCCUCGUAUUUCAUUGCGUAACUGAUAACUGGCGGGGCUGUUCACACUAGCACACUUUGAGAUCGGCCUAAAACCAAUUCGGUUUCUGUGCUGGGAAAAACGCCAGGUUGCUAAGCAAGAAAUUACUAGCUCGGCUGUGUGACGUGACCGAUGUGAAAUCACCUCUUGAGGUGGUCUAGUUGGAUCGAUCUCGAAUCGGUCUCGUAUUUGGUUGCCCACAGUUGGCCCGAUACGGCUCUGAAUCAAUUACGCAUCGAUCUAAAUCGGUAGUGUGAACGGCCUUGGCCUUAUAUAGACAGUUCAUAGAACUAUCCAGUAUAAACAAAGUAUGUUGUAUCCCUGUCAAUCCGAGGCACUAUACCUACACUGGAACAGACUUUUCAAGAUUCUAAACCUUUCAAGAUUCGAAACAAAGUAAGGUUUUUAAUUCAGUCAGCAUAAUUUCAUAUCACAAUACAAUACGACAAUGGUGAAUACAAGAUGCCGAGGAGUGUAUGCAUUUGGUAGAACAAAUUAAUUACACAAUACACAAACACAACAGGACUAGACGUUUCAAUAAUGUACUGAGUCAUGACAACUUGAUGCAACGCAUUACAACAAAAUGAACAAAUUGCAACAUAAUACCACCUACAGUACGUCAAUACAAUUACAAUAAUAAGGGCUGGAACAAUCAUGUGCCUACGUAGAAUGCCAUACAAUUAUUCAUAACACAAGUGGCUUUAUGUCAAGGACGAUUAUUACACAAUAAAAUUGAAUACAUAAUGAAUCCCACCCCACUUCAACAAAGAUGAAAUUUUGAAAAAGCGAUGUUGAAAGCCGCACGUAAUUGAGAGAUUUUUAGCAUAAAAUUCCAUGCCAAUAUUCUCAAAUUCACCGAGUUCAACGAAGGUGGCUCUUGGGAAAUUUCUGUUUCACCCAAAUAUUGCUUGAGCAACAAACAGAGAUUGAACAAUGACAAUUACAUUUUGCGUGGGUUUAAUAGGGUUGAGGUCAAAAGUAAGUAUAGCUGUGAGAGGUCUCACACGCAGAUGCCUUAAUGUCUAAAAUUGAAGAGCAUACAAGAUGGAUAUAGUGUUUAAAGUGCAUAAGAAUGACACGUCAUGAUUUACAUUUGAGUGCUAUUUUCGUUUUGCAUUCGAUUGCGAAUAGGCAAACCGCAAACAAUGUAUAAAAUCCACGUUCAUCAAAGUCCAACAAAAUAUUGAGAAAGCAUCGUUAUUCCUACUUGACGGUAGGGAAUAAUUCCAUAUUAUGUUGCGUUGCUAUUAUGUUCCGUCUUCAUUGUAUUGUAGUCGCAUGUAGAGAUCUACAGUAUAGCGUCUCGAUUUCGUACGAGGUGAACUGCUCAUACCUCCUAUUAAAACGUAUACCAGUCAUUGAGAUAAAUUUACUGCUUUCCUGAGAUUUAUAGUCCAAAAUAUGUGUAGAUUUGCACUGACAUUUUAUGUACAAUAAUUACACACGACGAAAAAUGUUUUAAAUAUAGCAUCAUGAUACAUACUACUCAUUCUUCAUGCUCAAAACUCAGAAGUAAAUAGAAUACAUACAGUACAAUUAAGGAAUGUGUACAUCAUUGAAUAUAUAAGUUAGAUGUAUAGCCAUAUAGUCUCGGAGUUACGUGUUAGUUUGUACAAUACAUCUUCAAUACCGCAAAAGCACAAUACCUUCGAACAAAUUUGAUUGAUUUCUAAAUUCGAGUUAAAUCAAGAAAAUACUGCUGAACAGCAGUGAUUCGGCAAAGCUUACAAUUGAAUGAAUAAAUUAUACAUGUAUUUUCGGUUAUCAUGGAAUAGCAAUAUGCUAGAAAGAUUCAGAAUAUUUAAAUGAUUCAGAAAGAAUGAGGAUGUUUCCGAUAAAUUGAUUCAUUCCUGACUCAAAUGUUUUGAUGCAGUUUUCAGUAUUUUGAUUACCAGUGCAGUGUCAUAUUGUGCAAUAUAUACGUAAGUCGUAUACAAUUACAAUACAAUAUCCAUUAUUCAUCCCGGAAAGAUCUAGACUAUUACAAACGGUCCACUUGACUGAGUUCUAGUCAUAGCACUGUAUGCAUAUAAGGAUAGUUCGAGAACAUUAGUACACAUUCGUCCCACAUAGCAACAUAAGCAAGAUCGCGUUGGCAGCUGAGAAUAUCCCCAUAUAGAAGGGAGUGUAUCACUCAUCAGAGCAUAUUACGUCUGUGGUUCAAGUCAGAGUAAACAAAGGCAAAGACUAUAAAUAUAUAUUGUGAAAUAAUUCUGCUGCUUAAAUUAAGACAGUGGGAGCGAGGUAUCAGAGUAACAAAACAGUCAGUCGUUCCUGAAAAUCACAAAUCAUGAUAGAAGAAAUAAGAGCGGCAUCAUUAGUAAGGUAUGAAAUUAGAUGUUUAAAACCAGAACAUUUUUUACAAUACUUAAUUUCACAUUAUCUUUGUCUGUAUCAAGAGUCACUGUAAUAUAUACAAUACACAGCUAGAAUGGACAGAUGUCCAGAAAUAUUCAUCAUAUGGUUUUCAUCCCAAAAUUAAACUGGGUAAUUUUCUUCACAAUUUUGACCAGUGCUGCAACAUUGAAUAAUACUUUUCGGUUUUGCUUUAAAAUGAAUCAUUGGCGAAUUGAGAAAUAAUGCAAAAACUUAGCAUAUGUACACAUGCAGUACAAAGUACAAAGUACAAAGGACAUAGAAAAUCGUAUUAAUUUUCUUGGAUACUUUUUAAGAAAGAUCUGUAGUAAAAAAUCUUAUAAUAAAACUAUAUAAUCAGAUGUCGAGUUUAUAAUUUUAUAAGAUUAUUUAAAUUCUUCUAGACAUAUUUUUAAACUGAAAGACUAGUUAUUUAAAUUCUUCUAGACUUUUUUUAGAAAAUUAUAUGCCUAUUCAUUAUCCGUCGGCAGUGUUGCAAUUUCAUUUAAUAAUCGCAAAAUGAAAUUCAAUAACGUGCUGGGUGCAGGUUUUAAUGUUUUAUUAUAUAUCACUUAGGUGUGUACUUUGUACUGUCUGUGAGGCAAUUUACUCUACAUAAAUAACCGUCAUCAUAAGUAUGUACACAUAUCACAUCAUGCAUGCAAAAUUGAUAAGAUCUGUCGACAAUUCAGGAAACUUGUAUGAUUUUGUAUCAUGUUGGCAGCAUACUAAUUUGAUACAUAUAGAAACUGUGUGAGAGUCUUGGUACUAUUUAAAUAUGAAGAGCCGAAAUGCAUUGGUAACGCAGACAUCAUGCAGAGCUUGAUUUACAUUGCUAGAUUACGAAGGCGUGCACUAAAUCAUGAAAAGCUAUUAGUGUGAUUGUGCUGGAAUUGCAUGAAAUAAAGAACAGAUGUUUCUGGUGCUUAUGGUUUGUUGACACGAAGUCUAGACGACUGCAAUGCUUCUUUUAUAUAUAAUAAUAUAACAUCUCGUAUCAGUAAUACAACAGCAAAAUGGACUAACAUAGCUUUGGUUUCGAUAAUAUAUCAAUAUCUACAAGACUAUAUGAUAAACAAAAUAUUACAUACAUGCACUUUUAUACAGCAUUAUUAUACAUGAAAAGUGAUGCUCUAUGGUCGAGAGCUUGCAUGAAGACGUGAUACUAUCAUUGAUAUUCAUAAAUUUUCCAGACGUUUGCAUUGCUUCUAGCAAUCUAUUUCGAGCAAUAUCUGUAGUGUUUCCGUGCUGACAUACAUGCAUGCACGAAAUGUUUCAUGGUCGUUUGCUUGGAGAACUCAGAUAAUUGAUACUUGGACUGUCUAGACGUUUCAAUAUCCUUUAGAGCAUAUGGUAUAUUGUCAAACGAGUUAGAAAAUAUUCUUAAUGCUUUUUAUUAAAAGUUGCACAUAGACGUAGAUAUAUAUAGUUUGAAUUAGUUUCAUAUUUAUUCUCAUACUGCAGAGAACAACGACAAAUGUGUUGUCUCGAACACAUUGAGCUGUCGAGUCGGGAGACUGGUAGCGAGUCUGAUCCAAUUAGUUCACUAAAGUGCACGAAAUAUUUUCGCGACGACUUACCGCUUGUCUUGGGGGGGAUGUGAAUUCCGAACCGUCCUUGCAGAGCUAUGAAACAAUAGUUUUAUAUUUAUUCUCACACCGCGGAAGGAACAACGAAAAUGUUUGUGGUUUCGGGUGGGACUCGCUACCUAUUUCCGUUGACUCGAUAGCUCAAUAGGUAAUGCAGCGGUCUGGAUGCCCAAAGACAUGUGAGUUCCAAUCCCGCUCUGGGGGAAGCGGUGGUGUAGUCGUCAGAGUCAGUCAUUGCUCUGCCGAAGGUCGUGGGUUUUCUACGGGUGCUCGGGUUUUCUCCUACAGGGAAAGUUGACAGGGUGGGUUAGGAUAAAUAUAGUUAGGAAAGUAAUAUCACAAUUGUUGUAAAGAUAAAUAGUCUAGGCUAAGUAAGUAACAUAAUAAGCGUAUAAUACUUGAUGUAAUGGGUCACUGAAAAGCCCUAAUGGGGCUUGAGCUGGAUAAUAAUGUAAUAAUUUUCGUUGUUCCUUCAGUGUCAGAAUAAAAAUGUUCAAAACUAGUUUCUCAUAUCUCGGAGGACAGACGUAGAGUUUAAUUUUGUUACUCCUAUCAAGGCGAAGUGCGAACACCAUCUGAUGCCCUGCAGUCACAUAUACAGUAUAGACACAGAAGGUUUUGCUCACAUAUUUAGAGAAUGUACUACAAUACUUAACUCGAAAGGAAUGCCAAUGUUUUUAAAUUUCCACGACUAAAUAUAUGAAACAAUCAGCUUUGAAACACGCGUGCCAAUACAGUAAGUCAGUAAUUAAACAAUUUCAAAAUACUGGCAUUCUUCUGAAUUCUGAAUUGAUGACUGUUAAAAUUUCGUAUCCAUAGAGUUGUUUUGUAUUUCCCAAUAAAACUACCAGAUCUCUAUGGCUUCGUUAUUAUUUUCAAAUUGUAAGGAUGUUACAGCAGGGCGCAGCAACAAUUAAGCAAUUACUGUUCAACUAUUUACACGAUUGCCAAAAGAGCCAUCGAUAUUGGACGGGAUAUAUCCACUGGAUGCAUAUAUCCCAUGCGGUGAUUGCAUACAACUCACACAAAAUCCGACUAUUAUAUAUGCAUGUUCGCAUUAGAUUUAAGAGAUCAGUAUAGUUAAGAGUUGGUUAAUAUCUAUAGGUUAGGAUUUAUAGGAUGUAUUACUAACUUAACCAAGCUUUUCUGGUGUUUGUUAAAUUGGCCUUAUAGUUAUAACUGUGUAGUUUCUAUCCAGGAAAACUGAUAAGUUGAAUAAAUUCAAUGCAGCUAUUAAUAAAACACUAAACAAUGGUCACUAUAGUAUACCUGCGUGAUAAACUGUCGAAACAACUAGAAAUAAACCAUGGUUAUAGCAUCACAAAUAUACCUAUAUUGCCAUAGUGAUAUUGCAAUAUUCUUGCAUUUUGUCAAUUAUAUAUAUAAACACUACAAUAAAAUAAGACCUGUCAGUAUAUUACUACAGGCAGAAACAGAAACACUCGAAAAUUACUCGCAGUGUUUGCUAAAUACUAACUAUGGAUAUAUUUAUUAAGGCAAAAUUCAUCAGAAAACCGUUGCACAAUGUUGAAAUCACCGUGUCGUUAACACCCACGACACUAUCCGGAUUAUUACAAAACAAGAAAAUUUCCCAUACGAAAAUAAAUGGACAUAUUUCUCGUGAGAACUAAUUAAUCCGAGCGUAACCCACUAAAUACUGUAGUGUAAGUCGCCAACGGCGUUAUUUCCCAUAUAUAGUAUGCUGUAUUACGACUGUAUUUCCUUUCCUCAAGGGUUUUAUUCCGAAAAACUGGACUGUAUAAAGCACGCCUUUUUAUUAUUGCUUAACGGUGAAGCUUAUAAGAGGUCGCGCUCAAUAUUUUCCCCAAACUGCCAAAGCAGUUUCUGGUCGACUUCGUCUUCGAAAUUAGCAACAUUGUACAGUAAUCAUUAUUUACAUGAACAAGUAUACGGAUGCCUAUAUACGGUUCAGGUAAUGUCUAUACCUCUAUUAUUUCAGUGCCUAUAAAUAAUGCUCCCUUGUUUCAAGUCUUGUAAACGUUAUUAUAUUGGUGAGCUCUAUUAGUCAUGCCUGCUUUCCACAUAGUCGUAACGGUCGUAAAGAUUGAGUCACGAUCUUUCUCAACGGCCAGAUUAUAAUAGCUUAUACCUGUAAACCACAUAUAAAUCAUAAGUAUUCUCUAGUUAUAAUCGCUCUGCCUAUUAUCAGUGUUCAACUGUUGUAUUUCGGCUGUUGAGAAUGAUUUCACGUCUAGUAAACGUUGUUACACUCGUGAGCUCUAUUAGUUGUGUCUAAGUAAUGAGGGCCAUGGAGAAUUCAAUCUGUACCAGAAUGACAAACUGUAUUGUACAAUAUUACAUUGUUUAUAGACAUAAGAGAAACCGUUCUCCUUGAUCAGUUGACAUUAUCAAGAGUGGACAGCUGUGUUAGUUGUGUCUAAGCUGUUCUUCCUAUAGACGUCGAGCAUACAAGGCCAAGGCCAUGGGAAACUAUUUGUGUAUCAGAAUGGCAAACUGUACUGUACAAUAUUACUAUAUAGAAUAUUCACACGUCAAAUAUUAUGUCAAAAUAUUUGGAAUUUGGCACCCAGUUCAGUAGAAUUCUUCUAGACAUACCUAUAACAGUUGGAAACUACAACAUAACAAGCAAAAUCUACCAAAUAUAUAAAUAAUUGAUAAAGUCAAACGCAUUCAUUGUUUUCUUGAUUACAAUAAUUACUAGGAACAACAUUUCGAGUAGGUGCAUUAGUCAAGGGGGCCACAUAGUAAGGAAUUAUAAUUGUUUUAUAAAAGCAUUUCACAAUAGAACUAUUUUGGGAAAAUAUACUUUGACAAUCGCUUUGCUUAAAAUAUAUUUUUAAAAUAGCAACAAAUUAAAAAAAUUUUAUUUCAUUAAAUUUAGCAAUUUGGGAAAUUGGCAAUCGCCUAUUUGCUUAAUAUUCUGAUUCAGUACAGAGUACUGAUCGGAAUUUCUCAAUUAGUGUAAAAUGGUUCUAAUAUAGCAAUUUACAUUUGGUUUAAACUACAUUGAACAACAGACUAUACAAGACAUUCUAGAAUACGUAUGUUAUAAUUGUAUGCAAAUUGUGACAUUCCAUAAUCUGGCCAAAACGUUUUGGGGGGUUAGAGAUAAAGUACGUUGUGGUGUGCACAUCAUAUUUUCAACUUCAACUUCAUGAUAAUCUUUGUAUGUUAAGAAGUAUGUUUUUGCCUAUGUAAGUACGUUGUUUUGUAUUUAUAAAGACUCUCCUCAUGCGAGAGGUUGGCAGAUCUUAAACUAGCAUAUUAAACUAGCAGUCUAGGCAACAGUAGAACGGCAGUGGGGGUCAUAGAAUCUGAACGAGAUUAACUUCCAUAAUCUAUGUGUGUCUCGCUAAGGCUCUCUAAGAUGCUUAGGGCAUUUGCCCUGUGUCUCUGUGUUUGCUAUAUAUCCGUAAGUAUCACUGAUUAGCUGCCAAGCUGUCAAUCUUUCUUACUGGUUGGGGGUUCCAAAUCUUUCUAUGUGAAGUGUUUCCUGAUUUUAUAUUUAUGGAUGCUUAUCAUUAACGAGGUGGCCAUUAUUAAAGCUGUAAUGAAAAGUCUAGUAUAGUUCGUACGUACGCUGCGUUGUUGUUCGCUGUUUAUGAUUAUAGACGUCGCGCUUAAAUUAAUCCAAUUAAAGUCACCUCGUGAGGGUGACACAGUGAGGGGGUAGCACAGUGUCUGGCAAUGUGCACCUUUUACCUGUGUGAACAGGGUUUAAUUCCUGCAGUAUGUGUGCAGUUUUCGUAUUAGAUGUUUUUCCCAUGAGAGGGUCAGAGAGGGCGGGGUACCUAAUAUCGCAGUUCACUAACAACAAUACACAUCACCUACUGGAAAGGUCAAAUUUGAGACAGUGUGAACAUUUCUGGGCGGAUCUCAAAACAAAAAUUGACUAAAACUGAUUAACUUUGACAUAAGUCCAUAUCUAUAAACUCUGGUCCAUACAUACCGUCAACAUGGCGGAUUAAUCAUUUACAUCUUCUUCAAUCCGCUUUCCGCUUUCUCUGAACGUUUUCUGUAUGGAAGGAAGCAUUUCAUUUUUUUUGGUAAACGUGGAACAUUCUGCAACAAAAAAUUCCAGAAGUUAAUGUUUACCAAUGCGUAAAAACAGCUACAGUGUUAAAAGUGUUGUGUGUGAAAGGAAAGUGGAAAGAGCUAGAAUUAUACUAAUGCAAGCAAUGGGUCGUCAUUUAUCCGUCUGAAUACGAAAGUCGAGACGGGAUUCCCGUCUGUUGAUAUUGGGAAAGUCAGAAUAAAUGUAUAUAAUUUCAUAUAUUUUAGCAUACACCAGUAUAGUUUAAUAUAUACUAUAGCAUAUUUUAAAGCGUCCUCGAAUCAUCGGCUGGUCAAAAUGUUAACACUAAGUUCUUUUCUUUAGUAUGAACAAUGAUGCGAAGGAAAAUGAAGACAACAGCGGGCCACCGUCGCCUAGUGACCCGGCAUACCAUCGUACUCCGAAGUGUGCCCGAUGUCGUAAUCACGGAGCAGUAGCCUGGCUCAAAGGACACAAACCUUAUUGCAGAUGGAAGGAUUGUACUUGCUCAAAAUGUUUACUGGUUGCCGAGCGACAGCGAAUCACAGCAGCGCGUGUGGCUUUAUUACGUCAGCAGCGAAAGGACAGAGCAAGGAAGACUUCGGGUGAAAUAGGGUAUCAAAUGGAUAAUCGGGAAUACGAGAGACAAACGGUUCUUCAGAGACAUUCGUACGGGAUGUCUGUACCUUUAGCAAGAAGUGCAGAAAACAGUAAGUGCAGUUUUACUCUCAAAGUGUCUGUGAUUACAGUGGGAAUUUUGCAUAGGUAAUGUUUUGAAGGAUUGGUAAGAAAUGUUUGAGGAAACUGACUGAGCAAAAAUUUCUAACACUAAGCAAAAAUUUCUAAAUCACUUUUAUCUACUUUCAGAUUCCCCUGAACAUGAAGAACCCACAUCAUCAGAUGACAAAAGUGAAGAGGCCAUGCCUAGUCCCACGAACGACCCCGUAAUUAAACAAGAAAAACCCGACCAUGAUGAACUCGAACACAGCUACUUAGAAAGAGUCAGAAAUCGACUGUGUACGUCACCGAACGGAAAACGACCGAGGAGUGAAGAUUCUGGAGUAUGUGUUAGUCCGACAAGCCUCGCUAGAAUGUCAGAGAACUCGUCAAACAAACGACUCCGAACCGACCCAAUGACAGUCUUAUAUAAAUCGUUCCCGACACAUAAUCGGAACGUUCUUGAGACAAUAUAUCGUGGGUGUGUGGGCAAUGUAGUGCAAGCUAUAGAAUUCAUUCUUGAGAACCAGAGUACCUGCCCCCCGUUGCCAAUGAUAACCGCCCCCGCCGCACCUCGGAACUUUCUGGCGGACUCACGCAGGGAGAAUAUUUUGUCUGCAUUCCGUCCGCCAGAAAUCGUCACGACCGAUACCGAGAGUGUUCCGAGGAGACCCGAAUUACCACACACAACUUUCUACCUGACCCCAAGAAACGGAGAUCGCAUAGUGCCCAAUAUCCAACUCACAUCCCGGUUUCCAACGGUCAACACCAGUCCUGUACCGUUGGCGCGGACAAGAGACACAGCAAGCCCAAGUGAUGAUGAUGAAGAAGAAGAUGAGGAGCAUAAAUAUUGCACGAACUGUGGCAGAAAAACACAACUCACUGACAAUUUCUGUGGCUCAUGUGGGCACAGACUCACCCGUUCAUAGGGUUCCCAAUUUCUUCUCAUUCAUCUUUUCACAUGUGUAAAGUCCUGUAUAGAUGAGCAAGUUUCCUUGACAAGUUUAACUUCUCGUGUGUAUGCUCAAACAAGUUCCCUUGACAAGUUUAACAAGUUUUCUUGACAAGUUUAACAAGUUUCCUUGACAAGUUUCCUUGACAAGUUUAACAAGUUUCCUUGACAAGUUAAUUAACUUCUCGUGUGUACGCUCAACAAGUUCCCGUGACAAGUUUAACAAGUUUGAACUUGACAAGUUUAACAAGUUGCCUUGACAUGUUUAACAGUUUCCUUGACAAGUUUAACAAGUUUCCUUGACAAGUUUAACAAGUUCCCUUGACAAAGUUUUGUUGCUUGCAUGCAAGGAAUGUUGUUAAACAUUUACUGUAUCUCAUGUCAGGACCGUCUUUUGUUUGCCAAAACUUUAGAAGUAUUUCUUGAACAAUUGUCAAGUUUUCCUUGGCGGUUGUACACAUGAACAAAUUUUCCUAGCUUUGGAACAACGCUCCUUGCCCAGGAAAAUUGUCAAUCUUUGCCGUGCACACGAGCAAAUAAAACUUGUCAAAUAAAACUUGCUUGUCUGUAUUUUGCUUGCUAAAAGAGUAGUGCCAGCAAGUUUAGUAAUUGCAAUGUUCCAUUGUGGCUUGUACUGGUGUUGCUUUGAUAACAGUUUAAAUAACACAUGUCAGAAGGUGAAUGGAAUCAAAUUGGUCCAUAAAGUGAAUGUUUCUUUGUAUGAGGGAGGGUGGUAUAUGUAGGUUUCUUCAAACUGAUACAUUUAUAUGGUAAACAUUUCACAUUUGUCAUAGUAACAUAUAGUAUUCUCAAUUUUCCAUCAACUUACGCGCCAUGACAAACUUUAUUGCAAGGUAUACUUUAUUGAGGACAAUUCUGUAGUGAUUUUGGUGAAGAAAACAUCAUUUUCAGCCACCUAAUUUGGAGUAAAUUGUGGAAAAUUGCAAAUACUAUAGCCAUUGAAACCCAUAUUCCAGAAAACAUAUUAGAUUAAUUAUUUAUUAUAAGUACUGUUAAUAUUUUAUAUAAUCAGUGAACAAAAAUUGUAUGGGCUGAAUGAGAUGGCCUCUGACCUCUAUAUAACUGGACUGUAAAAUAAUUAGUUUAGUUUGACUUGACCAAAGAUAAAUAGGCAAAUAUAUAUUUUUAUUGUAUUAGAAUUUAAGAUAUUUUAACAAAGAUGGGUGGUUUAUUUAGAUUUGAAAUAUAAUUUCAUAAUUAUAUUAACUUUUGUUGUGCACGAUUGUUGUAACAUUAUUU